CCCUUUGACUCAAGUUACACUCCUGAAAGUGUUCCUCAGAAUUAUUCACUAAAGUAAAAAUUCAACGUGAAUUUCAAAUUUAAGGAUAUAGUAGCUGAGUGGAUAGCAUAGCUGAUUUAGAGAAUGUUCUCAGUUCGGCUAGUUUGACCUUAAAGGACCACUAUAGUGCCCGGAACACAAACUCGUGUUAAUAGGUCCCCCCCACCCUCAUGGCCCCCCUCCCGCCGGGCUCUAGGGGGAGGAAGGGGUUAAAGGCUUACUUUUCUCCAGCGCCGGGUUCCCUCGGCGCUGGGGACUCUCCUCCCUCUUCCGACGAAUGCGCAUGCGCGGCAAGAGCCGCGCGCGCAUUCAAUCUGUCCAUAGGAAAGCAUUUUUCAAUGCUUUCCUAUGGGCGCAAGCAUCUUCUCACUGUGAAAAUCACAGUGACAAGCGCCUCUAGCGGCUGUCAAUUAGACAGCUACUAGAGGCUGGAUUAACCCCUGGAUUAAUCCUUCUCUGAAACUGCUAAGUUUGCAGCUGCAGGGCUAACCCUAGAUGGACCUGGCACCCAGACCACUUAAUUGAGCUGAAGUGGUCUGGGUGCCUAUAGUGGUCCUUUAAAUUUGAAAUUCACCUUGAGCUCUCCCUUUAGUGGAUAACCUGGUCUUCUUUGUAAGACCAGGGAUAGUCUCCUGUUCUGAGAACCAAAGGGGAUCCUUCAACGAAAUACGUAGAAAAUUGGUAGGAAAAGCAGUUACUAUUUAAUAGUGUCUGCAUCAUUGAGAAUAACUGGCUUAGAACAGUGCUGGAAGCAAUCACUACUCCAAGCCAUCGUAUUAUGUAGGAUAUAGUGAUAAGUGUUGUAGAAUGUUUCCCAACAACAAUCUGUUUUUCCCUCGGGAACUUCUCACUGGUUGCACCUCUGCUAAAAUCACAAUAGACAAUAUUUCCCUAGUAUAAAAUAAUAGGUGAACAUGUAUCCUGUAGCUGAACCUUCGUUCCCUCUAGUAAGGAGAGUACCAGAACCUCUAUACGGAAUAAUACCUGCAAUCCCCUAAUACAGGAGAGGACUGGAACCUUUAAAGGUCCAGUAAAGUCACUAAGACCACUUUAUCUCACGUGGUCUGGGUUCAUUGGUGCUGCAUUGGUUUUUUUUUUUUUAAAGAAACUUCAAAGUUUACAGUAUAGCAGUGGCAUAGUAGAAUUCAGUCAUAUGACGUGUAAUCCCACACAGGAAAGCAUUGAUUCAAUGACGAUGAACAUGUGCAUCCAGUCCACAAUACUCCUCUAUGAGGUGCAUUGGAUUGGACCAACUAUGGAGGAGGCUAUGCCUCUUCUGUGACAUCACAGGAGGAGGAGAAUAGGUAAGCAGCGCCAAAGGAGCCACAGCUCUAAAAUAAGGUAAUUUUAAAAAGCAACAACAUUAUUUUAUGUUGAAAUGGUGGAGGGGGCUACACUUGUUUUAAAAAGGGACAGGUACACUAAAGCAUUAGGAAUACAGGUUUGUAUUCCUAAUGCUUUAGUGUUCCUUUAACGAUUCCCCCAGUAUAGGAGAGACCAGGAACCUUUAUUUCCCUACCAUAAGAGUAUGGAAGCUUUUAUUUCCUUCGUAUUGAAGAAUAUAGAAAACGUUAAUUAAUUUAGGAGAGUACCGGAAUGUUUUUCCCAAUAUAGGAGAGUAGUGUUUUUUACCGUUUUCUCCCGAAAAUAAGACCGGGUCUUAUAUGAAUUUUUGCCCUGAAAAACGUACUAGGGCUUAUUUUUGGGGGAUGUCUUAAUUUUCGGGGAAGAAGGUAGCAAGCAUGUGCAAGAAAGCAGGUCUACGUUUGGGGGAAUUCCCCCGAACAUAGACCAGUUCACAAGGGCAUGGAAUCCCGCGAAUCUAUGUUCAGGGAAAAUUCACCGAACAUAGAUUAGCAAACUAGCGACUAGGGCUUAUUUUCGGGGGUGCGUCAUUUUUGGGGGAAAAUGUGUAAGAAAACCAGUGAUGUACAUUCCCCUAGUUCUGGGGACUUCGUUAACCUUUAUUCCAUCAGUAGAAGAGAGUACUGGAACACUUAUACCCCUAGUUCAUUAGAGUCCUGGAUCAUUGAUUCCUUUAUUUCAGGAGAGCAUUGGAACCUUUUUUCUUCUAGUUCAGGAGAGUAUUGGAACAUGUAUUCCUCUAGCUCAGGAUAGUACUGGAACAUGUAUUCCUCUAGCUCAGGAUAGUACUGGAACAUGUAUUCCUCUAGCUCAGGAGAGUACUGGAACAUGUAUUCCUCUAGCUCAGGAUAGUACUGGAACAUGUAUUUCUCUAGCUCAGGAUAGUACUGGAACAUGUAUUCCUCUAGCUCAGGAUAGUACUGGAACAUGUAUUCCUCUAGCUCAGGAGAGUACUGGAACAUGUAUUCCUCUAGCUCAGGAUAGUACUGGAACAUGUAUUCCUCUAGCUCAGGAUAGUACUGGAACAUGUAUUCCUCUAGCUCAGGAUAGUACUGGAACAUGUAUUCCUCUAGCUCAGGAUAGUACUGGAACAUGUAUUCCUCUAGCUCAGGACAGUACUGGAACAUGUAUUCCUCUAGUUUAGGAUAGUACUGGAACAUGUAUUCCUCUAGCUCAGGAUAGUACUGGAACAUGUAUUCCUCUAGCUCAGGAUAGUACUGGAACAUGUAUUCCUCUAGCUCAGGACAGUACUGGAACAUGUAUUCCUCUAGUUUAGGAUAGUACUGGAACAUGUAUUCCUCUAGCUCAGGACAGUACUGGAACAUGUAUUCCUCUAGUUUAGGAUAGUACUGGAACAUGUAUUCCUCUAGCCCAGGAUAGUACUGGAACAUGUAUUCCUCUAGUUUAGGAUAGUACUGGAACAUGUAUUCCUCUAGUUUAGGAGAGAACUAGAACAUUUAUUCUAAUAGUUCGGGAGAGUACUGGAACAUUUAUUUCAAUAUGUUGAAGUGUAUGUUGAGUGUAAAUCAUUGGUAAACAUUGUCACACUGUAUCUUAAAAGGAGCUGCUAUCAUUGUCUCUGGGGUACACUGCAAUAAUAUAACAAAUUGGUGUCAAUGCUCCCUUAACAUUAUGGAGCAAUUAUUUAAGUACCAGUGAUGCAGACAUCAGUUCAAAAUAAAUAAAUAAAUUUGAUUAUAUACAUUUUUUUCACCUCUUAAUGGGCUGGGCAGUGGUAAUGAAAGAGUUAAGAGGUUCCCAGAGCCUUCAAUACACCAAUAAUAGAGACGCUGACCAUCCCCUAAUGGACUUUGUACCAGUGGCAGACAAUGGGUUAAUACAUCCCGACAUAUUCCCCCCACCCCCCCAAGCAGACUGGCUCUAAACAGCUCAAGAUUUUCUGGCAGGGAGCCACCAAACUGGAGUAGAGCAAGCCAAACAUACCUCGGCCGAAAAUGAGUUCCAGGAACUCGCAUCUCUCGUGUGUGAUCUUUAGCAGACGUCUAGUACCUGCGAGCCGUAAAUCAAGGACAGGUAGAGUGCAGAUGUAAUGGUGAUUGACAGGCACCUGUGGCCCUCAUGCACAAGACCAAGUUCCCGUAAUGAUGUAGGUUAGCUACAGCCUUUACCUCUGCCAGUCAGGGCUAAACACAUUUCCUUCAAAUUGCUGCCAAUCAGGAAAAGCUCUAAAUUUCACAGUACCAAGAAGCCAUAACGGCCCUGUACAUACCCCAACAUACUACUGCGCCAUUGGAUAUAACCGCUCUGUCAUCUACAUAGAGAGCUGCGGGUUAUGUUGACAUGUGGCUCUUCAGUUCUCUCUUUAAAUAAAAACACCAAUGUUAAUGAAUAGGAAAAUGGAGCAGAAAACGAACUUUAUAGAAAAAAAAAAAAUAAUUGGGGAAAAUGACAAUGAAAAAAAUUCAACUGUAAAUUGAAUGCAAUUCAAAGUAGUAAAAGCGAAGCAAAUUUAAAUGCAAUACUUUUGUUGGUGGUAUACUGUAUACAGUAUGCUUAUUGAAUAAAUAAACACCAUGAUCUCACUGUAUUAUGCUGUAAUAGACAGUAUGAGCAGGGAUACAUAAUAGAGACAGCAAUGGAGUGUCAGCAACAGGCUGGCCCCCGUUCAUGGCUUGACAUCACGUACACACUGUGUACAUGGUAUAAUAUCUGUGGAUUUCUCUGGAUAAUACAGGUAUAUACGCAUAAGAGAACUCUCAUGUAAUCUGACUGCAGAGAACGUAAAAGGACUCACCCCCUCAUGCUCACCCUGUUGCCCACUAGGCAUUUGCCCAAUGGGCUGUCCAAUCUUGAAUACAGAACAUGGCUAUAUCGGUGACCGCAAAACCUUCUCGGGUUUCUCUCAGAAUUCAUUUUAUAUGUAUGUUUCUCUUUAAGUUAUUUGUUGAUUAUUUCACACAGGUUUUUUUUUAUCUCAUUAUAAAGGUUUUUAGUUCUUAACACUUGUGUGAAAUCUGUAAUCUCUUCUUGUGAAAGCAGUAAAUAUUGCUCGUGCAGAACAGUGGCGUACACAUGACCCAUGGGGCCCCGGUGCGAAAAUUGAUCCGUGGGUCCCCCCCCCGCGCGCUUACUCGGCGCGGGUCGGGGCCGCAACACAUGGCGGCGGGCACCUGGUCGCAGGGGUUGCAGGGCUGCGACCCCGCGACAUGCACACAUACUUAAAGGACCACUACAGACACCCAGAUCACAUCAGCUCAAUGAAGUGGUCUGGGUGCCAGGUCCCUCUAGUUUUAACCCUGUAGCUGAAAACAUAGCUGUUUCAGAGAAACGGCUAUGUUUCACCGAGGGUUAAUCCAGCCUCUGGUGGCUGUCUCAUUGACAGCUGCUAGAGGAGCUUCCGCGAUUCUCACUGUGAAAAUCACAGUGAGAAGACACUGAACGUCCAUAGGAAAGCAUUGAGUAAUGCUUUCCUAUGGGCGGUUUAAAUGCGCGCGCGCCCCUUGCCGCGCAUGUGCAUUCGGAGCUGAGAGGCGGAGGGAUCCCCAGCGCCAAUGGAGUCCGACGCUGGAGAAAGGUAAAUGCUGAAGACACACACACACACACUCUCUCGAACAGACGCAUACACACUAGCUAACAGACACACACAUUUACUGACAGAGACACACUCGGCGACAGACAUACAUACACACUCACUUACAAAACAUACACUUUUACUGACAAACACACACUCAGUAACAGACACACACAGUAACACACUCACUAGCAGACACACACCCAAUAACAGACACACAAACACACACUAACAGACACACAAACACAUACUAACAGACACACAAACACACACACACUAACACACAAAAGAGGCUGGCCCUGUGGGUACAUACCGGGUCGCAGGGGCGACCGGGCCCCCUGGUGGGCUGGGCCCAGUCGCAGCCACCACCCCUGCGACCCUGUUAUGUACGCCACUGGUGCAGAAGUAAAGUGUAUUUCGCCGUUUCCAUGCCUACUAGCGACUGUCAGAAUGAAAACCGAUUCAGUAAUUGAAUCUCUUUUACAUCAUGAGUCAACAUGCAAAGUAGGCUAAUGCCGAACACUAUGCUUGUCCAGUGCUUCUUUAUGAGAAGAAUUGGAUCCAUUGCUUUGUGCAGAGAAGCAUUGCAUUGGCAGAUUGUGAUGAUUGCACGUGUGCAGUGUGCCCUCAAUGCUUCUGUUCGGACAAAAGUCGUGAGGAUUAAUGACUUAACACAAUGUGGAUUGGGCUCAGAAGUGGAGUCUGUCUAGGUGCUGAAAUAUAAAAGAUAACUUAGCUUUUUAAUUUUUUUUUUUUUAUAAGUGAAAGGCCAUUUAUCUACAGGCAAAAAGAAACAUAUCUAAUUAACAAACAAAUGUUGUAGGUUUUUUUUUUUAUUAUUAUAAUUACUAUAGUUUUUUUAUGAUUGUCCCUUUCUCAUUUGGAAUCUUAAGAAAUCCAGAGAGCUAGGCAUAUGCUGAGAUCUUGGCUAAAGUUCAGUUUCUCUGGGAUUUUGUGAUUCAGCCGUAUGAUUUCACAGUCGGUGGCCAUGAAAUUGACAGCGUUAGACAGGGCAGGUGAGCUGGUGAACUGUAAUGUAAACAAAAGGUUCCUGUCCUCCCUAUCUCCCCCGCAACAUUAGGGCGACAUUUCACAUGCUGAGCCUUGGGGAUAUUUGUCACCUCUUACCCCCCGAUGCUUUGUUGGAUAUCUCAUUGUCACUUCAUGAAUUCACUUACACACAGGGCUGCUCAGUCACCUGGAAAAGGGACCGUCUUUUAGCCUGAAUUUCUUACUUCAUAUCAAACUAGAUAGUGUGGCUCCUUUGACGUUGCAUAUUAAAGAUCGAGAAAGCUGUCUGGUUAAACUGGAGACUGGUGCUUAGAUUUUGUUACUGGAGUUUGUAUAUUAAAUGAUAAUAGGCGUGAAAGGUUGAUGGAAAGAACUUUUUGAGAUACACUUUGUAUGCCUGUUCUCCAAGUCUCUAUACUUAGAUCCUACAAAUACCUCCUGUCCUCCAUAAUGUUUUUCUUGAAGUAUCCUAUGGGUGUUGGUGGUACUAGACAGGGUUGCGAUACAUAUACUCCUAACUGGUGGUUUUGUCACAGGUUCUGUCUGUAUUUUGGAUAGUAGGCCAGAAGAUUGUGUAACAAUACAGAAUGUCUGACUUCUGAGUUGACAUUACUUUAGCUCCCUUCCAUUUCCUUAUCCAGGUACGAAUAUUAUGUGAUAAUGCAUUUCAUAUUGACAAGUAAUUCACUGAUAUCAAUACAAUGGCAAGAUACAACCCCCCCACCCUCCCACCACCACCAAGUAUGUGCAGAGUUCAUUAAAUACACUCUGUCGAGGAACGAGUUGCGCAUAAUGAGGGUUCAGGACCAAAAUAUACUUUUUUAUGAUUUUCCUGGGAUCAUUUCCUAAAUUCCAAACUUUUUCGGUCACUGAGUCUAGUAACCCAGGCUACAGACCAAAACAACUGAUUCAUUUCCUCUCUUACUACCUCCCUGUGUUCUAGAUUCAGUUGGGUGUUGUGCUAUCAGUUAUUCCCUGUUUCUAUCUUUGCUUUCUUCACCCUUCGCUUCCUCUUUUUUUAACUUUCUCUUAUAUUCUUUGUGGCUUAUUGGAGUAGUGUAGCUGCUGCUUAAUUGUAGUGGACACACUCUCUAUACGCGCUAAUGUUCACUAUAUAUGCAUUCUUUUGUAUUUUUGCUUUGUUUUCCUGGCACUAUAGAAUCCCUUUAACUUUUAAAUCACAGAUCACAUUACAGGAUAUUUACUGCUCAGCAGCUGCUCUACCCAUUUCAAAAGGUGACCGAGGAGGCUUGAUUGGUCAAGUAACGUGUUGGCCUGGAUAGUAUCAUUGGACUUCCAGUAUUAAGCUUUGUCACAUAAUAUAAUAAUUUCAGUAGAUCCCCAGAUAUUGUACAUUGCUGGCUGAGAAUCAUAGAAGGUGUAGUCCACAACAGAAAUUUGACGUCCUUGAUUCUGGUCUGUGCGGGGCAAGAAGGAAUAGCUAUGUAUAUUCUGCAGCAAUUGACCUACAGACGAGCCGCAAAUCCCCGCUGGCUCUAAGAAGGGAAUGGUUGGAGUUCCCUUGCCUUCAUGUCCAUCAUCAGCUACUUUGGCUUUCUUUUCUCACCUCUCACCAUCUGCAGGCAGACUGGAUUGAGGGGCUGCCAGACGCACACCUGAGCGAGGACCGAAGAUUCAUGCAUACCGACUGACAAUAGGCCUUUAUGUCACCACGUGUCAGCUUGUCAAAUAGGUAGCUCCGGAAAAAUGGAAAUAUUUUUACUUGAAUACCUAAGGGCACGCAGAUUACAAAGCACCCCCCCAUCUCAAGCCCUGUCUCUUUUUAAAUUUUCAUUUGUUUUUGUAUUUUUGUUAUAAUCGGCUUAUAUAUAUAUAUAUAUAUAUAUAUAUAUAUAUAUAAUAUUUUAAUGUUUAUUAUUUCUAAAGUAUCAGUAACACUGUGCGCAGUGACGACAAAGAUAUUGAGGGCCUAGCUCAAACUGGGCUCUUUCUUUACCACUCCCUUUCUGCCUCUUCCAAGUUACCUUGGUAUUGGAUCCAAUCAAAAUAAAUGUAUUUAGAAAAACAUGUUAGUGGAAUGUGGCUAUUAUUUGAAAUAGCUACAUACGUAACCUUAGGAAUCUUUAAAAACAAUAAUUUUAAAGGCUCACCUGUUAACCUGGUGGUGUGUGAAAUGAUUAAAAACACACAAGACAAUGCAGUACAGAAUAGGUUGAAACACAUUUCUGAAGGGUGAGUAGAGAAACAACGAGGUGAGGAAACUGGCAGGGUUCUAAAUGGAGUCGUGAAUACAUGGAUCAGCCUUCCAGACGAAAAUCCCAACAUGUCCAAAGGCAGCAUUGACUGUUUCUGCAAGUGCCAUUGGGUCUGUCUAUCCCACUUCACAACAUUGAACUCACUUGUACUUGAGCAACACCAUCAUCUGGUGUAUUAGGGCCUGCUACCCUUUAAACCUUAAACUUUUGGGAUUUCACUAAAAGAGAGGAUGAGGGAAAUUGAUAAGAGUAAGGCUCUUGUUAAACCAGAGGAGUUUAAGAACCAGUGGUUAAUCUAGCUCUUGUCCGACAGAGUGCAUUGCUUUGUUUUAACCAUCUGACUCUUAGAAGACUGACUGAUUAGAAGAUUUAUUUAUUACUAACCGCCUGGUUAAAUGAGCACCUGGUUGCAAAGAGGUAAAAUGUAACUUUCAUGCCAAAGGUCUUCUUUUUUUUUAAGGGCUACUUAGCACAUGAAAAGGGCUAAACAUUCCUUCCUGACCUCGUAACACGAACAAUGGAGAGUUGUGGAGACCUGGAUGGAAGUGUUCAUGAGAGGGUUAUUCUUUUGUGUGGGUUUCUGUGGAGGACCUGGUCCAGCCAUUGUUAUGACACAUGUAGGGGGUGGGUGGUGUCAGCUGACGAUCCUUUUGCAGGAUUUGUUACCAGCUUCUUUUUAUAUAUGUGGAACAUCGAAAGUGACUGAUGGUGCCCAUUUUGGCUUAGUUUUGCUUGCCUAGGAGGUCUUAUGGGACAGCUGCAGGCAACAUGCUUCCCAAUGGACUGCCACCCAUUCCAGGAACGAGAUGGUUCAUGCAUUUAAAAUAAAUAAAUAAAAGUAACCUAGAUUUAGCAAAUAUUUUUGCAAACUAACUACACUCACACCUCUUUGAGAUUUACAAGCUGUAAGAAUAUGUGCAACCUCAGAUGGUCUUUUUAAGGAUUUCUGUUAGUUUUCCUCGAGUGACCGGGGAAGGAUCUUUCUCCCUCUCUAUCCGAAAAUAUUCUUCAAUAACUGCCAAGUCCACUAGAGCCUUUUAAACAGCUAUUCCUAUUUUUCUUAUCCAGCAGUGGCUGUUGAUGUCCAUUGACACAUUUGAGUGCCACAAAAGCCCAGUCCAACAGGAAGGCAUUUAGGCAUUUUCACUAAGCCAGCAGAUGCCUUAGACCUUCUGAUGUCCUAUCCUGAGUGUAUGCAAGGAUCAGAAGAAAACCAAUCGUUUCAUUAGGCACUUCCGAGCCACUCGAGUCAAGUGGUCAAUAUUCCGGAUUUAAGCUCAAAUAUCUUAGGUCGGAAGUUGUGUUUUUUUUAAAUGAUAUUAAAAUCUGAGAGCAGAAACAAAGGAGCUGGAAAAAAAAAGGACAAAAAAAAAGAUACAGAAAUAUGUCAAAAAUGUUUUACGGACACAGUCCAAGGCAAUUAGUUUUCCCCUCAAAUCAGAUUAACCUGUACAAGUCAGUCUGUAAGCUCUGCCAAACCCAGCUUCCUGCUUUCUCAAGAGUUUGGCAUGAGUCGGAAAGGGUUUGUGUUGUCAACAAAUUUAAGGAAACGGUCUGAACACUGAGUGUGGGGAGAUGGGAAGGGGGGGCUAGCUGCUCUAAUGUAUUCUGCUUUUAUUUUGGGUCGUGACAAAACAAUCAAGAUGAUUAUAACUUGGACACAUGUUUAUGGAUGGAAAUCUCAGCCCUGCCUCUAGUUCUAGUCAUUCUGAUAUUGAGUUCUGUUCUAAUUUCUUACUUUUUUCCCCUCGGACUUCCCACUGUCGCUAACCAUCUCCCUCUCUUUGUCCAUCCUGUCUUUCUCUUUCUUUCUAUUGUUUGCUUUUUAUGUUUAUUUAUCACCUCGGUCCAGGGGUCCUGUGCUAAAUUUUAUUCUACUCGUUGCUUGUAAUUUUUAUCUACUUUAUUCCGUUCCUACUCUUUUUCCUGACCCCUGUCUCAACCCUUUGAGUUCUUGAUCAACCCUUUUCUCCUCCACCCUUACUAUUUAUUUUCCAGUAGACUGUAUAUUUCCAUCUACUUUUCAAGAUAUAUGCAUUGUUGUCCUUCUAAUAGUUUGGACAGUUUCCUUUUGUCUUUUCUUGUCCUCCCAUUUUUAUAAUUUUAUCCUUCUUUCCUCGCAUGUUUUUCUCCACCUAAACCACCAUACCAUCCUCACUUGUCUUCCCACAUGUUCCUAUUUUUUUGUUUUCUUUAUCUCUCUUACCAUUACAAACUAUCUCUUUCUACUAAGCAUUCAUUUAGUCUCCUGUUACCCAAUAAGACAUGUACACCAAAUUAGACCUUUUUGUUGAAACGCUGAGUAAAGCUGCUUAUUAUUUACCAGUGUUUGCUUAAAACCAACUUGCAAUUUCACUUCUUUGCAGAAUUUCAAAGUGGUGGUGUGGAUUAGUGGUACAUUGUGAGAUUUUAAAGCUGACAUGCGAUUAAACACAUUGCAGUUUCCUGGCAUGAAAUUGUCUCACUGGUCAAUGCAAAUACAUGUAACUGGUGGGAUCGGCAACCCCAAUCUGAAUAUCUUGUCCAUUAUGUGUACUCUAAAACUUUUUAUUUAAGGUUUGGGAAUAGACAAUGCACAUUACAUUACAGUAUAUCAACUCGGAAAACUGUAUAUCAAAUAAAUAAUUUAAAGGACCACUCUAGGCACCCAGACCACUUCAGCUUAAUGAAGUGAUCUGGGUGCCAGGUCUAGCUAGGAUUAACCCAUUUUUUCAUAAACAUAGCAGUUUCAGAGAACUGCUAUGUUUAUGAAUGUAUUAAGCCUUCCCCUAUUUCCUCUAGUGGCUGUCUCAUUGACAGCCACUAGAGGCCCUUGCGUGCUUCUCACUGUGAUUUUCACAGUGAGAGCACGCCAGCGUCCAUAGGAAAGUAUUAUGAAUGCUUUCCUAUGUGACCGGCUGAAUGCGCGCGCAGCUCUUGCCGCGCGUGCGCAUUCAGCCCAGGAGGAGGAACGGAGGAGGAGAGCUCCCCGCCCAGCGCUGGAAAAAGGUAAGUUUUUACCCCUUUCCCCCUUCCAGAGCCGGGCGGGAGGGGAACCCUGAGGGUGGGGGCACCCUCAGGGCACUAUAGUGCCAGGAAAACGAGUAUGUUUUCUUGGCACUAUAGUGGUCCUUUAAGAAAACAUAAAGUAGUUUAACAGAGUAAAAAUGAGGGUGCAAGAGAAUACUGAGAAUGGUCAACCACGAAAAUGGCUUGCCCUUUGGUGGGUCCCCACACAGUUGUCAUGCCGGUUUUAGCUCAUCUUGUGCCAUUAUAAAGAGAAGAUGCAGUAAACGCAGGUGAUCGUUUCAGUGUUCUUUGGUCAUCAUCAGUGAGUUAUAGCCGAUACCCUUCUAGGCACAGUGAGCAAAGAGUUCAUGGCUGGAUUGCCAUUUUAACUUAGGGAGAGGAAAUAAACAGAUCGCAAUAGAAUAUUGAGAAUGGACAUCAGCUGAAAUAGCUUGCCCUUCGCUGGGUCCCUACCCAAUCCUCAAGCUGACUUUAGCUUAUUUUGUGCCAUUACAGAGAGAAUGUAAACCAUUUGCUAUGUCAGACUGAUACCACCAAAAGGGCAGUAGAGAUUCAAAAUGCAUUGCUCAGCUCAUCAUUAUUACAGAACCGAUAGUUUGACCGUCGACAGGGUAAUUGUUCAUUGAGUCAUAAAGAUCUACUGAUAACGUUUUAACGAUUACAAAUCAAAUGGGGACAAGGAUUUUGAAGUUUGUCUUACAUUUUGUAACUUGCUACAUUACACUGCUUAUUGAGUAAUCCAGCCUCUACCCCUUCUAGAAAUGAUAGAUUUUGGAAAUCACGCUGUGUCUGGCUGGGGGUGAUUUGAGUUUUACCCAGCUUGAGGACUGGGCAUCGAUGAUCUUAGUAACAGGGCAGUGAUCUAAUUUCUUUACCCCAUGUAUUCUUAAUACAGCGAUCCCCAAGGGCCUAGGCCUCUCUCCAAGCCUUACAGAGGUUAACCCCGCAGCUUCCGGCCUGUGGUUCUCCAAGCAGGUGGAGGGAGACGCGCCAAAUUCUUCAGAAAGCGGUUUUUCUAUGGGAUUUAGUGGUUUACCUCAUGUUUGUCUAACAAAGUCUCUGACAUUAAUGCAGGAUCAAGCUCUUACUGGGCUUUCCUGGCCUGUAGAUAUCACGCAGUGUGCUGUACAGGAUGAUGGUUCGAGAUUCUGUACACAAUUUAACGCCUGCAUAUUGUGCCUCAUACAAAAAAAAAAAUACAAAAAACACAGAAUUAAAAAAUCUCGACAGAAACCUUAACUUCAACAAGAAUUGUCAAAUGUAAACUAUCCUCAUAUUUCUAUCUUUAGGGGAAAAAACAAACCCUUCAUUUUAUAGUUAAUCUACGGUUUAUAGCCAAUCCCAGGCCUUUUCUAUUUUUACUGAUUUAUUGCAGAUCACCACCUCUACUGGGACUAUUCUUACUGUGAACACUACUUCUCUUCAGUCGGGGUCUGAAUAGUAUGCUGUUCUAAAGCAGCCUAUAAUAGUAAUUUUAUAAUUCUAUAAUAAUUUUAAUGUGUUAUCCGUCCUUGAAAUUAUGUUAAUUGUUCUUUGUGGCACAUUUAAUAAAAAAAUUAAAUUAAAAAAAAAGGAUAAAUUACAGUUGAGGUUUUAUAUACUUUGUUUCCCCUACACAAUCUUUUGGUUCCCUUACACUUUGGGAUUUUUUUUACAGGAGUGAGCUCAUUUUAAGGGUUGAUAGUAUUGUAAAACCAAAUUUGCUGGUCCUCAGCGACCAUUACAAACUGUUUUAUUUAGUUUUCAUGAGCUUUUUAUAGUCGGAAGUGCGUUUCCCUCAUGUUCCCUCUGUUUACUUGUUAUGCUUCUGUCUUUACUUGGUGAAAUUAUAUUAAAGAAUGACAUUAAUGCUACAACCAUCCCCCAAAAAUAAAUAACAUUUACUUUAUCUGUGUACACAAAAUGACCAAUACAUAGAUUGCAAGCUCUUUGGUGUAAAAUCACGUUUCCAGUCUGGAUCGUGGCAUAUUUACGGCCAUCGUACGGUGGCUUGGGGGUCGUAGUCAAGAGACAACACUUCAGCUAUGAACCUUUUACAGCAGUGUUGGCAUACUGUGGCACACCAGGUAUUUGUGAGUCAAUGGCUGGCUGUGCAUUAUGGGCAAUGUACGUUCCCAAACAUCUGGGGUGCCGGAAUUAGCCACCACGUCCUUAAAAGGUCAAGGGUCUGUACAAGUGCCUCUGGCACCGAAGAGGUUAAUGUGAGAGGGUAUGAGAUUGCCUCUCAGGGUCUCCAGAGGCAGCUGUAGAGUUAAUUAGCUGGAGCUGUAAGAUGUUGUCUGGGGGCCCUUGAUGUUUUGUUAAGCAGUCAGCAUAUUCACACCUUCAGAGCUCAUAUAUUUGUUUAAACCAGAAUGACCUCUCUCCUCCUGAAACGGGUUAAGACCAGGUGUAAAUAGAGAAAGGUGGGGGGGAGCCAAUCCCUACGCCCCUCAUGGAAAUUCGAGACCGAGCCAGGCUAUUCUUCACUGAGAAAGUGUUUGUGUAAGAAGCGAUCACUGCAAAACAAAGCCUUGUGUUUGUUUUUACUGGCUGUCCCUGUUUAGCAGGUAGUGUGCUUUUAGAUGUUCUCUACCUAUUUUACCUGGUGCCAUCGAGACCUGCAUCUAAUUGGAUGACAUGUGAACUGUCACAUUUUUUCAAAGAGGCAAGACUUGGCUGGCUCAGCUUCAUGGGGAAGGUAAUUCACAAACAUAUGUGCUGCUAAGACUCGCUGUCCAUGACCCGUUUAUUCAGGGACCUUUUCUUAUAAAAUUGUCUUUCUGAGACAUAACUGCCCAAAAUAUAGACUACAAUCUGACAGCAGUAUUUGGCCAAUAGAAAACCCCUAGGUACUUUUUACAAAUAACAAAAAAAAGAGACAUUUGGUUGAAUUAGUUGAAUACAUUAUCUGCCUUUAUUGCUUUGAAACUCCCUAAACAAGUUGUCGUGAAACAGAUUGACCUAAGAAGUCACAUAGUAAGUUGACUGGAGAAGCAUCCAAAGCUACACUGGGUUGGUUUAAAACAAGAAUCCAGAGAAUAAUGUACAAUUCCACUCUCAAAGCCCAGACACUAACCCAAUCCAGAGCCUGUGGAAGUACUUGGAAAUUGCUCUUCACCAAUUGGUCCUCACCGAACAUAAAGCUUGAGUGCCUUUAUGUAGAAGAAAGCUGGUAUAGAUUUACCCCCUAAACCUCACAACUCUAAUGAGUACUCUAAUGAGUAUUGACUUGGUAAAAUCCACUUUAACUCCAGGUUGUAACACAGCAGAAUGUGGAAAUGUCCUGGUACUUAUAUGAGAAACUGUAUCCUUCGUGCUAGCCAAGACAGUUAAGUUUUGGCAGACCUGGCUUUUAUUUAUAUGCAGCAGUAUCUUUAAGAUUCCAUUUUGUGCACUUUGACCGCAUUCCCCUGAACUUGGUGGUUCUUCCAUUGAAGAUUCAUCUAUCAGAUUUCAUUCCAUUUAUCUUUACAAAUCUUCCUCUGGUUCAAUACCUACAAAUUGAUCCAAAGGGACAAUUCUGGAUAACUUCCCUGGUGUGCCACGUCUUGCAGACUCCCACCAGGUUUUGGAAAUUCGCACGCCUUGAGGUGAGCUAAGCAGUUGAUAUCUAUAUCACCAAAAUCAUGCCAUCAUGUAAAAGACAAGGCCAGAAGCCAAUUCGAAUGCUACAUGAACGGUUUUGAGCAGUAAUUCACCACUGCGAAUGACUCUCCAGGCUUGCAGUGGCAAAUAACUUUUAAUGCCUGGCAUGUUGUUUAAAACUUUUAAAUAAAUAAAUAUGUAUAUAGUGAGGGAGGAUCUCAUCUUCGAUUUCAUGGAUUGAGCCCAUGACCUCUUGUCUUUCUUCGUAAUUCCUUAGUAUAAUGUCAUGGUGGUAAUCAACGCUGACAGAGGUGAUACCCAUUAACCAGACACACGUUACGAAACUUGCAGACAGACAAAACAAAUGAGAUGUCAGGACAAUCACUAAAGCAAUGAAUUCCUUACUGAACCAUGCAUUUACUGGAACGAUUCACUAAUGUUAAGGCAUUUUACACAAAUGCAGUGUGCACAAGCCAAUCGUAUGUAUGGAAAAAAAUUAAACAAUCAUGGAAACCUCUAUACAAGAAAUAGACGGUCAUGAGUUCACUUUUGCAAACUGUGCAUGUUGACUAUCAUAGGCCUUUCCAUGGUCUUUCUAUAUAAACUAUCAUGGGUUCUCUAGUAUUGGGGUGUAAAUAUAGAUUAUCAUUGGUCCCUUUCUACAGGAAAUGGUAUAUCCAUACAAACUAUUAUGGGUUCCCGUCUACAAGAAAUGGUAUGUCCAUAUAGACCAUGAUGGGUUCCCAUCUACACUGAACAAAAUGAUAAACGCGACACCUUUGUUUUUGCCCCCAUUUUUCAUGAGCUGAACUCAAAGAUCUAAGACUUUUUCUGUGUACACAAAAGGCAUAUUUCUCUCAAAUAUUGUUCCCAAAUCUGUUUAAAUCUGUGUUAGGCAGCACUUCUCCUUUGCCGAGAUAAUCCAUCCACCUCACAGGUGUGGCAUAUCAAGAUGCUGAUUAGACAGCAUUAUUAUUGCACAGGUGUGCCUUAAAAACAAAAAAUAAAAAUGUUGCGUUUAUAAUUUUUUGCAGUGUAGAAGAAGUGGUGUGCUCAUAUAGACUUUAAUGGGUUCCCAUCAAAAAGCCAUGAUAUGUCAAUAUAAAAGUAUGAGCUCCAGUCUACAAAAAAUGGCAUGUCCAUGCAAACUAUUAUGGUUUCCCGUCUACAAGGAAUGGUGUUUCCGUUUAGACCAGGGGUUCUCAACCCAGUCCUCAAGGACCCCCUACCAGUCCAGGAUUUUGGGAUUACCUGGGUGUGUCUAAGGUGUUUAGUGAAAAAAAACACCUUAGAUACACCCAGGUAAUCCCUAAAUCCUGGACUGGUAGUGGGUCCUUGAGGACUGGGUUGAGAACCCCUGAUUUAGACUAUAAUGGAUUCCCGUCUACAAGAAAUAGUCUGUACAUAUAAACAAAUAGUCAGUGCAAUUAGACUCUGAUAGGUUCCUCUCUAGUAAAACUGGUCUGUACAUAUAGAGUAAAAGCGAAUCACUUCCUAAAAUAAAUUAUACAGCUGCUCUUUGCACAGAAAUAUAGACUUUUAUGGGAUCUCUUCCGUAAGAAAAAAAAUUAUCCCAUAUAUUUUUAGGGGGAUUCCUCUUGUACUUGUUGGUUUAUUUUGAUCUUAUUAUUCAUUUGUGUCUGGAACAAUAAGCUGUUUGUACAUCGGAAAAUGUAGCUCUUGGAUAGGUGAUGGCAAUUAUGUCCCAAAUAAUUCUCUUUUUUUGAACAUUUAAUGAAACUAAUUCCUCUAUUUACUAAUUACCCUAUAUAAUCUGGUAUUUCAGUUGAUACAUCCCUUAUUUUAACAUAAGCAAGCCAAACCGCAUUGAAAUAAUCCUUUGUUAAAUUCUAUUCUCCAACCCAAGGCAAUGAGUGUACUUUUUGUUAAGCGGGGUUUUCCUGGUUUAAGCAAAAGAGAAGACAAUUUGGUAAUUAGCAGCCUUGGCACGUGCUGCUUGGGACAAAGAAGUGGGUUGUGUUUAUAAGCCUAUAAGUGAGUUUAGCCUGUUUUGUGAUUUUUCUUUUUUGUAAUCAUCCGAGGUAAUCACUGUUGAUGUUGAGCAGUAUUGUGUUAUGCAGUAGUAACACAUAGCGGUUGCACUUGCAUAAAGAAAGAAAUCUGUGCACUAGCCUGAUAAGAGUGGCUAUGCAAACCUCUGCUCUUUACUCCAUUGACCGAUAAACUACCGACAACGAAGCAACAGAUGAAAAGCUGUUGUACGUGUGGGCCAACUACUUUGGGGUAACAGACAUCUGGUUGACCUGUUGUCCUAGGCAGUGUCCUAGUUUAGCCUAGCUGUCAUUCAUAAUAGUAAGCGUGUGGGGGUGAAGAACCUACAACAUUAUAUUGCUGUUGCUAGGUAUUGCCCUGAUUUUAAUAGGAUGUCAGCUCCCCCUGAUGAACAAUACCCAUCGCCCAUGCUUUGAAAUUCAAAAUUCAUGUAAGAGUUAGAAAAACAGAGCGGUAAACGCGGAGCAAUUCUAGCUUUCCAAAGAUUUACAGAAAGAGUAGAUAGUCUCCACAAUUCCUAAUGCAAAUGACUAUAUUCCCCAUGAUGUCCUAUAGGCCUUCUGGCUGGUGGCAGUUAAAACACAUUGGGAUAAAACCAGGGUUGAAUAUGGAGACAGGACAGUGGAAGCCUGUAUAUAUAAGUAAGUUGUAACAAACACUUCAGCAUUCCAAUACUAUUAAUGAAGUACUUAUUAAAAAGCGCACAAUGUAAAUAAAAGUAGCCUUGUACUAAAACCUGGUGAUCACUACACUCCUAACAAACAGAAUUAGGAAGUGCACAGAUUAAGAUAUUUCGUAGCAAAGUGGGCUAUGCCAGUUUAAUCAGGGAAAUUCCCAUUUUAGCAAGCAUGACACUGCGUCCCAUUCUACGUCUCUGUUUUACGCCAGCUGUAGAUCGGCAUUUGGCUCCUACCUAAUAUACACCACAGAACCGUGAAAUAACUGGUAGGUAUGCCCACAGUAAUCACUGUGCCAAGCAGCUUUGAAGGGGCAGGCAUUAUUUUCCAAAUUCCUAGUACAGUUGACAAAGAAGAUGUUUAUUAGAUGGGUAAUGCCGCACGUAACCUGAGCGUGUCCAGGCCAAGCUGCAAAAUUAAUGAAAACCCAACCUAAUUAGGACUUUAAAGCAGGGUGGCUAAGGGGUGAACUUUAUUGUAGAGUUCCCACUUCCACGGUUCUUAUAUAACAGUUGGCCACUAAAGCAAUGGUUCUUAAAAUUUUUCAUUGGGAAUCAAAUAAUGUUCAUGCUAUCUGCUAGAUGACCGAUUCUUCAAUUCCCAUUUGUUGAGUAAUACCCGUUCAGUUUUAUGCUAAACUACCUUCUGCAAAGUUCUUCAUGGGACUCCUUUGAUUGUCUCCAUUGCUCAGGGGAAGGUCACUACAGUAAUCUAUUUAUUGUGGGCAGUGGCCUUACACCCUUCUACCGUCUGCUAUGACACAAGUUCACCCCAUUUGUCUAGUAGUAUAUAUAGGGAGCUGUGGUUUGAAACUCUUCUAAGUAGCAGAGCAAAGUUCUAAAAGUGGAGCAAUCGGCAAGAACAUUCUGUUUCCAUGGUGAUUGCUCCAUUUUUAGCACUUCAUCAUUCGUUCCUGUUGACUAUAGAAAUCCUAAUCAAGCUUUUGAAAGAUUUAUCAUUUGGCAGUUCAAGUCAUAUUAAACUGAAAUAGAUGGAAUAUAGAAAAGGACAGCAUUCAGUCCCUGCCUACUUCAAUUGUAUAUUCUUGCAUCAGGGAACGUCCAAAUAACAGCUUGAUGCUGCAGUCUAAAACUGUAUAUCGAGUGUUAAAUAUUUGGGAAAGCAAUUUGCCUUGCCCUGAAAACGUAACAUUAACCAGUAAAUUUCUUUACUGGAGUUAAGCUGUCUCUGAAAAAAGACAUUACGGAAAAAAAUAAAUAAAUCUUGGCCCCGUAAGAAAAAUAAAAGAAAAUGGAAUCAAGAUAAACAUUACAGCGCUGUAACUGAACCUUAAAUAAAUUGGAUAUACGCGCCGGGCACUCCCACAGGGACUGACUGGAUUCUUGUAUAAUUCUUAUACUGUAACAAGGCACAUUUGGGGAACAUUGUUACUAAAAUUAAUUCUGUAGGGAUGGGAAGGUUUCCUAUCUAUCAUAAAAUGCUUUAAAGGAACAUUCAAACGUUUAAAAUAAUUAUAUUUAUUUUGGAUGAGUUUAUUUGUCUUAGAUUUCAGGAACCACUUUGUUAAAGGGACAUUAAAGUCACCCAGACCACUUCAUCUCAUUGGGUGGAGUGUCCCUGUCCCAAUAACCCUGAAAUGUGAAACACUGAAUUUUCACAGAGUUUAACUUUGUGAAACGAUGUUGGAUGUCCUCAUGACGUCCAGCGUCUUCAAAAUCCCCAUAGGAAAGCAUUGAUUCGAUGCUAUCCUACGGGGGAAGAGGUCUAAGUGAAACAGGUAAGUGAAAAAAGGGACACUAUAACUUUAGGAAUACAGUUUUGUAUUCUUAACGCUAUAGUGUUCCUUUAACAAAAAAGCAAGGAAAUAAAUAUUUGUAUUACUUUUCAAGUAAAUCCUUGAGUAGUGGUAACGUGCGCUCGUGGAAUUACGGUUCUAAUUCCAUAACAUGUGCGAUACAAUAAGAGCAUGGAACUAGUAUGUUUAUUUCUCUCUUCAGGUGUACAGCAAGUUCUAGAUAACGUGUAUACAGUCUGCUGAAGUCCUCAUGUGCUCUCUCGCCUUAUGUACUAAGUGUUUAUAGAUAUCAGAUGUUCUCUCUUUGUUUCUUCAAAGUGUCAAUUGUCUGUUCUUCUGAAUAACCAGUCCUGGAUGUCACAGAUCUUCUGCCUUGCUGGACACGAUUAAGGACAGAUCAGUUUAUUAUUCAGAUAGGCAACCGUUAUUAUAACUUUUUCAAGAUAUAGAGAGGGAAAUGUGAGCUUGCUGAACACCCUGUACCCAUUGCACGACAGGCUGUUUGGACAGAUAUUACAUGUAUAAAUAUUUUCAGGUUUGUAAAAACCAGACCUAGCUAGUAUUCUUUUAACAGAAAAUAAGACAUUCGACAACAAAAUGCUCCAUUUCCUAAAUCGCAGAGCUAAAAAGGUGAAAAUAAGUCCAAUUGUAAUACUUAUGAUGGCCAGUUACUAAAGGACCCCCCAGGACCUGCUCCAACAAAGGGUUAGGGUAAUUGGCAUUUAAUCCUUUUUACUGCUUCCAAGUAACUGAAGUGUUAAUCACAAGAUAACCGCAGGUCCUGACCCUCUUAGUGUAUGUAUGUACACAAUUUAACAGUGUAAACAACCCCUCACACAUAUGGUUCUAAGGUGAUAAAGCAAAUGAUGCCCAGUCGCCAAGUGUUUUUCAUUUGGUGUGGACACUUUAUGUGUGUUUUACACUCGUAGGGAAGACUGCUAAACCUGAAACCACAUCACAGGCUGCAGAGUGAGCAAUCCCUGACAUUAAACAUGACUGGGAUGAUUUAUGGGAUGGCAUUUUACAGUAAAAAAUCUCUGCUCUUUUGGGAAUCGAUGCUGGGUUUGUAUUACAGAGACUGGAAUUUGGCCAUUCUGGAGGAGAGCAGGCAGUGAACCAGGGUCCAUGUGGGGACACGAGGUUUGAAAACACAAUAACAUUCUACAGACAAACCAUAUAUUCAAGAUUAAGUUCCACGACAGUCUUUGUGGAUUUGCCACUUUUUGCAGAUAGGGUACUAUACCAAUUUUUUUUGUGAUAAUCAGGGAUAAUUAUGUAGGUUUUUGAUCUAAAAUGUGCCCAAUCUGAAAUCUCAAUCGAAAGUCUACAACAAGAGUAGCCAGAGUUUUGCAUCCUAUUUUCAUGAUUUACCUGGAGAGCAAGAUAUAUUUAUGAGAUACCUGUAGCUAUAGUGGCUUUAGAUGUUUGUUUCUGGUUGUUUUUUGUGGGGGGGGGUUUUUAACAAUGGGGGAGAUCAGUCAAAUGUUGUGUUCUAAAACAUUGUGCAAAAAUGUAAAAGGGGAAUCGCUAAUUGAAUUUGCCGGCUGGUUCCACUGAUUUCCAUGGUGAUUGCUACACCUUUUUAGAACAGACCACUUUGGUAAAUUGUCCCCAAUAUCUCUUGCGUGUCUCGAUCCUUUUUUCGUUUACAUUUAUGGGAGAAUUUGUAUAGGUUAGAUGACAAAUUAUUGGUUUUUAAAGGGGGUCUUUUUAUUUCUUGUCUGUUGGGACAUUGAAUUUGGUUUUAUUUUACGGAGAUAGAAUAAUUGCACUUCUGUGCAAUUUGUAGCAUUAGUCCGUCAAAAAUCUAAUUCUGAUUAAAAGUGAAAUUUAUUGUAGAUUUCAUUAAAGCCUUUUAGGACAAUAUAUACAUAGUUUUAACCUUGAGUAUUCCAGAAGGCUCAAAAUGCCCAGAAAAAAAAAUAUCUAUGAUAAAUAAAUCUGUAUGAUUAACAAAGUGGAGAAUUACCAAGUAGAACAUAUUGGCUAUAUUGGGAAGAUAUCUACAAAUUAAGGUAGGGUUUGCACAAAUUGUAAAUCAAUUUCGGCUGCCAAAGGGUUACAAGCCGUAGUACCAUGCAGUCUGUAAACCCACCCCCUACCAUUGACACAUUGAAGAACAUCCAUCAUGGAAUGUCCUUUUCUCUGACACCCUCUCUAUUUUUCGAGACAAUCCCUCACUCAGCAGCUUAUCAACACUAGAGGUGCCCCCUCCCUCCCUUGGCUUCUCUUGUUUUCCUCACCUCUUUUCUACCCUUGUCAGGUGCCAUCACCCAGGCUUAUGUGGUGCUGCUUGUUGUGACAGAGAGUAUAUGUCUGUGGACAUGAUACCACACAUUCCUGACAAAUACUCUCUAUAGCAGGCGUCCUACACAACAUGCACCCCUGUACGAAGAGCAGUACAUAAUGUGGGCAUUACUUCCUGCUCUGCGAUUAAUUCACCAUCACUUCCAAACUUUGUACUUAUAGAAAUCUUUACUAUGUAUUUAUCAUACCAGAUUUAGCUUAACCUAUAGAGAGGGGUGGCCAUUACUACCAAAUAUAGUACAUAUAGGUGGCUUUGCUUCCAGAUGUCAGAUUUUUUUAAUCAUUACUCAAAAGGUAAAGUACGUACAGGGUUUUUAUUUGCAGAACAGUUACUAUUUAGUCAUGAAUGGCAAAUUUAGCAGUAUAUAUGUGUGCCGUUUCCAGAUCAGAAAGUCAUCGACCAUCAGUACUAAAUUGUAUGAAGAUACUAGUAUAAUAAAAUAGAUGUAGUUUCUGGGACAGGGAAGGCAACAAGUUAGAUCCCCAGUAAUUGUAAAACUAGAAUUCCUAUGAUGCCUUGCUAACUUAAAAGGGACGCUAUCAGCACCAGAACUUGAUCUUAUUAAAGUGGUUAUAGUGUCUGGAGUCCCCUGGCGCGGUCGUUCCUUUCAGCAUUAAACUAGUGUUUCUAAUGUCCCCAGCACCCCAUCCCCUCUAUGAGAAAGCAUUAGCUAAGAGAUUGGUGGCCUUCGGCACUCCAGAUCUUGUGGACUACAUCUCUCUUAAUGCUCUCACACACAUAAUGCAGAACAAUGAUUGGCUGUUUUUUGCUAAGAGUGUCAGCUGACCGAUUGCUGGUGUGUGGAUAGCCAUUGAACCUUAUUUAGUGUGUGUCAAAAAUGGAGGAGACGGCACCGGAGGGCUCUAGUAGUAUAACCAGUUCAAUGAGAUUAAGUGCUUAUAGUGCUUACAGUGUUUGUAAGCAACCCUUUAAGGUUGACAAAGCACCAUGGGAGUUGGAGUUCUAAAACAGCUGGAGAUCUACCUUUUGGCCAUCAUUUUUCUAGGAAAGUUAAUCCCAGUUGAGGCAGAAGGGGUUGAUGGAGAUUAGAGAGAUUUAAUACUUUAAUGAGUUUUACAGUGAUAGGGUCUCACAUUAUACAACAGGCAAGGCAACGACUAUAAUCUGAUUUUACCGGCUGUUAACAAUUCUGGUUUAUAUUUAGAAUUUGCAUCUAGAAUACAUUUGUUUGAUAACUUAUGCAGAGCUGGGUAAAAAGUUCAAAAGAACCAAAACAUGUUUCUAAAUUUGAUGCAAAGUUCCAAAAGUGGUGAUUGCUUUGCUUUAACACAAUUACUUGAGCACUAUACCAUUAUUAAUCACCCCCUUCAUUCUUUAACAUGUUAUGGAUAAGUGCUAGCACCCCAUGUCUAUGUGAGCUGGGUGAUAGGUGCUUGGUCUGUGCCACCAUAACAGUCAUAGUAAGUGACAAUAUGGCUCUAUGGCUAAUUAAACAGAGAAUUCUGUUAGAGUCCUCCCUGAGAUAAACUCUGGACACCUGAUAAUCAUGUCACAGUGAAUAAUGGCGGUAUAAGAUUUAGGUUAGAUUGGCUGUCAAUAUGUAUCUAUAGUUAAAGGUACACUAUAGUCAUCCAGACCACUUCAGCUCAAUGAAAUGGUCUGGGUGCUAGGUCCCUCAGGUUUUAACCCUUCAGAUGCAAACAUAGCAGUUUCACAGAAACUGCUAUGUUGACAUUUGGGGUUAAUCCAGCCUCUAGUGGCUGUCUUCCGGACAGCCACUAGAGGCGCAUCUGCAAUUUUUCCUCCAUCGUGCACAGCGUCCAUAGGAAAGCAUUGAGACUUGCCGCGCAUUCGGCUCCGCUGACGUCAGACGGGGGAGCUGGCGUCGGCGGGGGAAGAGAGGUCACCAGCGCCAAGGGAGCCCGGCGCUGGAUUAAGGUAAGCUGCUGAAGGGGUUUUAAAGAAAGAAAUUAAGAAAAUACGGUUCUAAUCUGCCUGAUUUAAUUCCCCACCCAUAGAGAACUAUAGAGUAAAACAUUGAUAAUACUAUCCAAUCAUUCUUGUGAUCAAGGCCUUGUACAUGAAAUAACCAGCAGAACUUUAUUCAAAGAAUGCAACUGUCUGAAACCAAGAUUUUCAUGCAAAUUGGGUAGAAAAAGAAAACAGAAAUAGGACCACACGACUCUCUCUGCUGUAUUUAAAAGAAAAUAUUAUUAUACAACACGUUGAUGAUAGAUUAGAUUUAAAACACAUUUUGGUUCGAGCAGAGAAACCUAAACAUUACGCCUUCUCUGUUUCACGGGUCCCAAAAACAAUUUUCUGCUUUCUGAAUAUAUGACAUUUUCAUCCUGGAAUGCAUCAACGUAAUCUUUACUAGCUGAACCUGCACCGUGCCGCAAAAACAUCACCUGACCCUGGAAGGUUUAUUUAAUUAAACGUCUUAAGCCUUACUCUGGCCCUAAAAGGGAAGCACUCCAUACUUAUAUCCAAAAGUAAAUGUUCUAAUGGAUCUAUAUAUACAGAGGCGUAACUAGAAACCACAGGGCCCCGGUGUGAAAAUUGCCCUAGGCCCCCCCCAUACGUCCUCACCCCCUCACACACACAUGCAGCCAUACAGAUACACAUGCAGACACACACACACACUUACACAGAGAACCAUACAUACAGACACACAUACACAGAGACACAUAUGCACUAACUGGCACACACACUCAGACACACACACAUACACUCACAGAGACACACACAUACACUCAGACACACACACAAAUUAUUCAUAUUUUAAAAAUUUUAAAAUGUCCAGCCAGCUUCUCUACCUGGAGAGCUGCUGUGCAUCUGUCCCUGGGGUCCAGUGGGGCUUCAGUGAGGAGGGCGCUGCGUAGGCUGUCUAUUGAUGCAGGGAGCCGGAAUAUGACGUCAUAUUCCGGCUCCCGGCAUCAGCAAGCGGCGUGCGAGGGAGCAGAGCAGGGAGAACACAGCUCCCUUGCCGUCUCUAUCGGGAACACAGCUUCACACCGGGCCCCCCUAUGACAGGAGGAACAUGUAGGGCUGCAUCCCGGUGUGACAGGAAGUGCUCUCUUAGUGAGCACUUCCUGACAGCCCACUCGGCCACGCUACACACAGGCAGGAGGGGAGCAGCACAGCUCUCCCCUCAUGUCAGACACCUGGGGGUAUCCAGGCAGCCCAUGGUCGCAGAUGUCGUGGUACCGUGGUAGGUAUGCCACUGUGUGUGUGUGUGUGUAUAUAUGUGUAUAUAUAAAACAAAGCACAGUAUUUCCCCAUCUUCCCCAUUCUGUGAAAUCACCCUGCCCUGUCUCUCUUCCUCUUUUAUUCCAAGCCACAUCAUUGCAUUUCUCUCAACCAUUUCACCCAGUUUCAUUGUCAGCCUCUCUUUUCCCUCCGUUCUGCCUCGUACCCAAUUCCACCUUACUUUAUCCUCUAUUCCACCCAGUUUUAUCUCCCUUCUCUCUCUCUCCCUCCUCUGUACUUCCCACUCUCUCUAUAUCAUUCUACCCAGUAUCCAUUGUUCUGCCCCCGUCACCAUCGCCCUACCCCCGUCUCAAUCAUCUUCCCCCAUCUCAAUCAUUCUACCCCCAUUUAUCUCCAUCAUCCUACCCUGUUUCCAUCAUCAUGCCUCCAUCUCCUUGCACAUUUGUCGCUCUCUCAACUUUUCUGCCCCUGCCCAUCUCUGCUUACCCUAUCCACUCUGCACCUUGUCCCUGCCUAUUUAUCUAUUAUUCUACUUUUCUCUCCCCUCCAGUCUGACCCAUCUUCUUGGUCUCUUCAGACACACAGAGCAUCCUAUCCUUUGCUGCACGCAGAAUGUGCUGCAGGUCAGACUAUUGCGACGUUGCCUGCAUGGUAACUUGUAAUUAUAAAAUGAUCAAUGAGUCAGUAUCUGAAUGUCAGUGUGGCUGCCGUACUUGUGUUCAGUUUGGAUUGCUGUAUUAACCUUUAGACGCCAAUUUCGAUCUACACUUAGAAACAAGUCUAAAAACACAAUAAUUCGGACUUCUGCCUGCCCCAGAUCUAGAAGAAAUUAAUAUCCCCCAGAAUGGAAUGACAAUUUUGUGAUUUAAAAGUCAAAGCAAACAUAAGGGCACACAUUUAUUACACAGGCUUCUGGUCGUUUUCUCUGUGCCAGUAUUAUAAGAAUCAGCAGUGCGUGUUGCUGCAUUAGGUCCAGGGGCCGUGGCAUAUAUAAAAUAUUCAUCGUACGCAGUAAGCUGUGCGUCAGUCACUGGCUGUGAGUCACCUCUGGUGUGCCAACAGACCUGGCACAAUGUGCCUCUGACCUUUCCGAUUUCCAUUCCCCACACCUAGGAUUGCAUGCAAGGAACACGGCCAGGGGAGGCAAAGCAGGGCAACACAGUGCCUGAGUCAGAGGGCGAAGCAGGGCAAAACAGUGCCUGAGUCAGAGAGCACACAGCAGGGCAAAACAGUGCAUGAGUCAGAGAGCACACAGCAGGGCAAAACAGUGCCGGAGUCAGAGGGCAGAGCAGGGCAAAACAGUGCCCGAGUCAGAGAGCACACAGCAGGGCAAAACAGUGACUGAGUCAGAGGGUAAAGCAGGACAAAACAAUGCCUGAGUCAGAGAGCACACAGCAGGGCAAAACAGUGCCUGAGUCAGAGAGCACACAGCAGGGCAAAACAGUGACUGAGUCAGAGGGUAAAGCAGGACAAAACCAUGCCUGAGUCAGAGAGCACACAGCAGGGCAAAACAGUGCCUGAGUCAGAGAGCACACAGCAGGGCAAAACAGUGCCGGAGUCAGAGGGCAGAGCAGGGCAAAACAGUGCCCGAGUCAAAGAGCACACAGCAGGGCAAAACAGUGCCUGAGUCAAAGGGCAGAGCAGGGCAAAAAAGUGACUGAGUCAGAGGGUAAAGCAGGACAAAACAGAGCCUGAUUCAGAGAGCACACAGCAGGGCAAAACAGUGCCGGAGUCAGAGGGUAAAGCAGGACAAAACAGAGCCUGAGUCAGAGAGCACACAGCAGGGCAAAACAGUGACGGAGUCAGAGGGUAAAGCAGGACAAAACAGAGCCUGAGUCAGAGAGCACACAGCAGGGCAAAACAGUGCCGGAGUCAGAGGGUAAAGCAGGACAAAACAGUGCCUGAGUCAGAGAGCACACAGCAGGGCAAAACAGUGCCAGAGUCAGAGAGCACACAGCAGGGCAAAACAGUGCCAGAGUCAGAGGGCAAAGCAGGGGAAAACAAUGCCGGAGUCAGAGGGCAGAGCAGGGCAAAACAGUGCCCGAGUCAGACAGCACACAGCAGGGCAAAACAGUGCCUGAGUCAGAGGGCAGAGCAGGGCAAAAAAGUGACUGAGUCAAAGGGUAAAGCAGGACAAAACAGUGCCUGAGUCAGAGAGCACACAGCAGGGCAAAACAGUGCCAGAGUCAGAGGGCAAAGCAGGGCAAUAUACACCCAAAUCACAUGGAAAAGCAGGGAAGCCAGAACUAUCAAGAAGGGCAAUACACUGCCCGAGACUGAGGGUGAGCUGGGCGAUACACUGCCUGAGACUGACAUUGAGUGGGGCAAUUCAGUAACCGACACUGAGGGUGAGUGGGGCAAUUCAGUAACGGGCACUGAGGGUGAGCGGGGCAAUUCAGUAACCGGCACUGAGGGUGAGCGGGGCAAUACACUGUCCAACACAGAGGGUGAGCUGGUCGAUACGUUGCCUGAGACUGAUGUUGAGCGGGACACUUCAGUACCUGACACUGAGGGUGAGCUGGUCGAUACGCUGCCCGAGACUAAGGGUGAUGAAUAUUUUGGGAUUAUACUUAAAUAAUACUGUUAGUGGUUUUCUACCAUACACACUGCGGUAUAAUUGUAAUAAUGCCUCUAUGGCCAGAUAUCUUAUUUACACUUUAAAAUCACUCCUGGCAUGUAAAUAUACAGGCUACCAUGAUUUGAGAAUUAUACUUUUUUUUUAUGUGCACAAUAAAAUCACUCUUGAUGGAGGUCUGUAUUCAUGCAGUAACCCCUUCCAUGAUGGAGCUCUGUAUGCGUGCAGUAACCCCUUCCAUGAUGGAGCUCUGUAUGCGUGCAGUAACCCCUUCCAUGAUGGAACUCUGUAUGCGUGCAGUAACCCCUUCCAUGAUGAUGGAGCUCUGUAUGCGUGCAGUAACCCCUUCCAUGAUGGAGCUCUGUAUGCGUGCAGUAACCCCUUCCAUGAUGGAGCUCUGUAUGCGUGCAGUAACCCCUUCCAUGAUGGAACUCUGUAUGCGUGCAGUAACCCCUUCCAUGAUGGAACUCUGUAUGCGUGCAGUAACUCCUUCCAUGAUGGAACUCUGUAUGCGUGCAGUAACCCCUUCCAUGAUGGAACUCUGUAUGCGUGCAGUAACCCCUUCCAUGAUGGAGCUCUGUAUGCGUGCAGUAACCCCUUCCAUGAUGGAACUCUGUAUGCGUGCAGUAACUCCUUCCAUGAUGGAGCUCUGUAUGCGUGCAGUAACCCCUUCCAUGAUGGAGCUCUGUAUGCGUGCAGUAACCCCUUCCAUGAUGGAGCUCUGUAUGCGUGCAGUAACCCCUUCCAUGAUGGAACUCUGUAUGCGUGCAGUAACCCCUUCCAUGAUGGAACUCUGUAUGCGUGCAGUAACUCCUUCCAUGAUGGAGCUCUGUAUGCGUGCGGUAAUCCCUUCCAUGAUGGAGCUCUGUAUGCGUGCGGUAACCUCUUCCAUGAUGGAGCUCUGUAUGCGUGCAGUAACCCCUUCCAUGAUGGAACUCUGUAUGCGUGCAGUAACUCCUUCCAUGAUGGAGCUCUGUAUGCGUGCAGUAACCCCUUCCAUGAUGGAGCUCUGUAUGCGUGCAGUAACCUCUUCCAUGAUGGAGCUCUGUAUGCAUGCAGUAAUCCCUUCCAUGAUGGAACUCUGUAUGCGUGCAGUAACUCCUUCCAUGAUGGCGCUCUGUAUGCGUGCAGUAACCACUACCAUACAGGGCUGGAGUCGUGUGCAUGCAGUAACCCCUUUCAUGCUGGAUCAGAGCAUUGUGUGUGUGUUCUAUUGUUUCCAUAAGACAGUGCCGUAUUGCCUUCAUUAUAUUAUCUAUCUGACAUUUAUUCCCCUGUUAUGACCAUUAUGUAAACAGGACAAUCUGCUAUUAUGUCAUUAACACAGUGCAAAUGUCCACGUUAAAAGCACAGACAUGUUAAUGUAAGCAUUGGACCACCAUGGGGAGCAGUCAGCGACGUGGAAAGCUCCUUACAAGCUGCCAGCAAUGUGUAAAGUGUUCUGUGAACAGUCUGUAAUGUGUAACGUUUUCUGUGAACAGCCUUUAUUGUGUAACGUUUUUCUGUGAACAUCCUUUAUUGUGUAACGUUUUCUGUGAACAUCCUUUAUUGUGUAACGUUUUCUGUGAACAUCCUUUAUUGUGUAACGUUUUCUGUGAAGUCUUUAUUGUGUAACAUUUUCUGUGAACAGUCUUUGUUGUGUAACAUUUUCAAUGAACAUUCUUUGUUGUGUAACGUUUUUGUGAACAGACUUUGUGUAACGUUUUCUGUGAACAGUCUUUAUUGUGUAACGUUUUCUGUGAACAGUCUUUGUUGUGUAAUGUUUUCUGUGAACAGACUUUAUUGUGUAAUGUUUUCUGUGAACAGUCUUUGUUGUGUAAUGUUUUCUGUGGGCGUUUGUGUGAAGCUUUCUAUGAGAAGUCAGUACUAUAUGAAGCAUCCCGAGAUCAUUGUAUAAAGCUUUCUGCGACACAUUCAGCAUGAUGUGAAGAUUCUGUAGCACAAUUUGAAGCUUCUCAUUGUGUUAAGCCUUGUGUGAGCAAUCAGCAUUGUGUAAAGCCUUUCAAGAAUGUGAGAAUUUUCGAGAAAUGUAGGUAGUAAUUGGGAAGAUGCAGAAAGAGAUGGAACAACGGGAAGGGAACAUGUGGACGGAGUAAUUUAUACCCUGCCCUGGGCCAACCACUAACCUCGGGUUAACAUUCUCUGACUGUGAUGAUUAAUGAUCCCCUUGGCAUGUUCAAUGCAUGUAAAACCCAUGUUAGCACAGCAUAUCUAACCAGCUUCUCUGUGUCUUUCUUUUUCUCAGCCUGUAACUGUAACCUGCAUGCUCGCCGAUGCCGAUUUAACAUGGAGCUGUUCAAAUUGUCAGGACGCCGGAGUGGAGGGGUCUGUCUUAACUGCCGGCACAACACAGCUGGCCGGCAUUGCCACUACUGCAAGGAGGGUUAUUACAGGGACAUGACCAAGCCAAUCACCCACAGGAAGGCAUGCAAAGGUGAGAGGAACACAGGGUGAUCUGCCAAGGUGAGAGGGAGAAGCACAUAGGUCAACCUACAAAGGUGAUGGUGAUAUAUUGGUUUGGGUGAGGGAACUUGUAUGUCACCCUGUUAGAAUGAGUUUGACAUGUAGGUUGUCCUACAGAACUUAUUUGUAGCAUUGAUAACCUUUAUUAUAUAGUCCCAAACCUACUCUAUCUGAUUUCUUUACAUUUAUUUUUAAAUACUGUUUUAAAUUAAUUUUUUUUGUAAAGGAUUACAUAGGUGUAGUGUAUUGUUCUUUGAAUAUACAGAAAUUGGUAGACUGGUACAUUUUCCUGUUAUUUCUUUCUUUACCAAUGUAAUCACAAAGACGUCCGUGAGACAAUGGCCCAAUCCUUAUGGCAGGCAGAGCUUGGGUACUAGCCCCUCUUAGUGCGUUUAAGUGCCGUUUCUGAUUGCCAGAUGUAGGGUUUUAUUGCCCAAAAGUUUGCCAAAUGCAGGAGCUGUUCGUUUGGGCGACUAGUCCGCAUGUCGGUCCUGCCCCGCCCCCGGGAACCAGGUAGUUUUUGGUAAUUAAAGGAGCAAUUAAAUAUGGCUUGUAGCUGCAAAUUGCACAAUAGACUGUUGAAGGUUUCUUCUAGGAAAUUAAACCGAGCAGAACUUGGUUCUUUAAUUAUUGGAAAAUCCAAGUCAAAUCCAGGAAACAUCUCAUUACUACUAAAGGAAAGGACAAAAGUUGAUUAAAGUAUAAAUUGCCAGGAAGUCAAGAUGAAAUUCAAAUUUGAACCCUAAAUACACGAAAUCCAGACAAUUUACACUUCAUUAUAUAAUCCUGGCAAUGUUGAGAUUCAAGUCAUUUUCUGUUAAAAAUAGUAAAUACUGUAUCAUUGUUUAUAAUGAACACAAUAGAAAGUGUUCUUUAUUCUUUUUAUAUAUAAUUAGAACUUGGUUAAAGAUCAGAUCACAUUUUCAGACAAGGUACAGUAGGAAUAGCAAGAGUUGUGAACAUAUUGCAGACAAACUGUGCCACAUCUGGGGUUAACCCAUUCUACCAACAGAUUCUUAAGCCAGGAUUAGCUGAGUGCCAAAAAUUCUAAAUUCCAACAGUAUAGAAAGAGGUUAAUGUCUCUUAUUCCCCGUACUAGCCCCCGCCCCUUCCACCGCAGCACAGGUGUGCAUACCAGGGCACAGUGGGUUGUAUUGAACAGGUUAAGCAGAGCAGAGGCAGGGAGGGGUAUAAAAGGGGGGCUGAGAAUUUUGUACAAAGGCUUGACGCUUUGACUAAUGGUUCCCGACGUGUUUGUGGGGCAGCAGAUGAGAGGAAGGAGUGAAAGAGAGUUCCAACCAUCACAGAAGGAAGAGAAAAGAGAGAUUAAUCCACUUGCAAACACAGGGAGGAGGGGGUGGGGACCGAUAGGUGCAGGUGCUGUCCGUCCAAUUCCAAGAUGAGGUUGUUCCCACAAGUCACAUCCAGCUUGCAUAUUGACUGCAAAACUGGUCUGUCUGGACGUAAAUACUGUAUAUUCUAAACAUUCAUGGGAAACUGUAUACGUUCUACCUCUAUACUGGUAGAACUGAUAUAUAGGGAUGCCAGCUUUGCCAAGUGAUACUACCAUCUGGACUGCCAACCAGACUCCUACAUUUUAUAUUGACCUGAAGAGGUCCAAAGUCAUCAUUCAGAACAAUACAUUCUCAGACUUUACAUUAUAAGCUAGUGAUAUAUAACAGUCUGCUUAUAUUAUAUAUAGUAUGUUCAGCUACUGCGAGCCCUCUCUAUUCUUCCCCAGCCCAGACUUUCUGUAUCUGUCCAAUCACAGACUGUCCAGAACAGCUCAAUGAGAAGUCUUUGCAAGGCAUGCGCUCUGGGCAUUUGCUGCCUAUUGAGUUUAGCUCCACUGAGCUAAAAGAACCAGGAAGUAACAGGACCGGUUGUGUGAUUGACAGCCAAGGGGGUGUAACAAGAUUAAUUCAUUAUAGUAAAGUUUUUUAUUGAAUACUGAACAUUUUGUAAAAUGAAAAAAGGACACACUCUUCGCACUUAAAGCUAAAGUGCUUUAUGUAUUUGGAGUGUUCUUUUAAGCGCCCAUUUAAAUGUGACCAGAUAUUUAAAGGGUUAAGGAUUUCAUAAAAGGCAGGAAAGUUCCAAUUACAUGAACUAUUACAAAGCAUCCUGGACUCUUGCAUGCAGGAGAGGGGUGCGGAGAUGAGGGGAAUUAUGUGGAAUCUGAUUUCUAUACAGCCUUACAUUCCCUUUGUCCUCAUUCAUUCAGAAGCCUCUGAUACCUUUUAACACCCCUGGAACUUUGAAAUGUUCACGAAUUAACCCCUAGGCAGCCCAUGCGCUAGAAAUUCACUAUAAUUCACUUUUUAAGAUAAAGGCUUCUCUGGUGGGAAAUAUAUAUCAGUAAAGCACAUAUAAUAUGGAUGUACUUUGCCCUUUUGCUGUUUUUGGCUUGGAGGAUGAAUUUACCCAUAGGCACAGCCUGUUACAUUCUGGAAUACUGCAUGGCUAUCGUGUUCUAAAUUCACUAAACUGGGAACCAUUAGGGACUGAUCAGGGAAUUACAAGUUUUAGGCAAAGAAAAUAGCUGAACUAAGGCAAAAUAAAAUGUCAGUUUCUGCUGUUUCCAGCUGGGUUAUUUUGGCCAGCUAGUUGACAUUCACUGGUCAAUUCCUAGUUUAGUGAAAUCCUUUUUGGAUUAUUUAUUACCCUGAGAAUUAACCAUGACAUUCAAAUAGCAGGCCACAGUAGACGAACUGGAAAAAUUCUCCAACUGUGCUACCUGUGUAAUAUGUUGCUGCUAUAUAAAUGCUUCUACUCCUAAUUGGUCCAACUGCCUAUUUUAGCAGAAAUUCUGCAGUAUCCUGAUUAGUUCCCAGUUUACUAAUUAACCCUGAUAAUAUUAACUAUUUAAAUGCAGAGUUACCAGUGCCUUCUAGACCUAGGGUAGGCAACCGUUGGAACUCCAGAUGUUGUGGACUACCUGUCCUUUAAUGCUCUUACAGCCAUAAUGCUGACAUAGCAUCAUGGGAGCUGUAGUCUCACUUGCCUGUUGGGAUAACAGAUGAUUCCUAUCUAUAGCACCUCUGUGCAGUGCAGGUUGUUUUUUUUGUUUGUUUUUUUGUUUUUUUAACCUAUGUAAAUCAUUUUAUAUUUAGCACAGACAGACGCACAGCAUUUUUUUAAAUAACUAUGUCAUUCUACAAAGUUUUGUCCUUGGUGACAUGUGCCCCCACACCCCUCCAGGCCCUCCCCUGACCGCCAGCUUGCUGAUUUUGUCACAGCAUUGUACGCUGCGGGAUAAAUAUAUACUGUGACCUUUUAAUGAGUUUUUACACAAAUGUUCUGAAAGACACACCAGGUGUUCUUUUGAAAUACUUUGCUUUCCAGUAUAACUACCCAUGUACACCUGUGUGAGGCAGGUGCUUUAACCAUUUAAUGGCCAGAGGGGUACCAUUGACAGUGACUUGUUUAAUGGUCAGCCUUUGUUAGACUCAAGGUGUACUAAUGACAGUGACAUGUUUAAUAGUCAGUCUCUCCUAGAACCAACGUGGAUUCAUGACCGUGACAUGUUUUAAUGGUCAGUCUCACCUCGUGAGUUUUCACAUUUGUCAUUACAAUGAGUUUGGUUUACUUUAUAGGAGUCUUGUCAUCACUUGCUCGCCUCCUAAAAUAUAUUGACCUGAGGGUGUAGUGACGGAGGGAGCCUCGUGUUCAUUUGGUAUUUUAACUGCUCGUAAAUCGUGUUACAAAUCCUUGGCAUAUAUUGGAUGUAAAAAGAAAAAAAGAAUCACAGAGGAUAAGAAUCUGUAAACACUUUCCUUUUGACUUUUAACAUACAUGCUUUAAAAUUCCAUUUGUGUCAGUUUGAAUUCUUCAUAUGGUUCAUUCCCAUUCCUUUACAAUUAUAUGUUAACCGUACAAUUGCCAGAGGAGUUAAGCAAUGUAUUGGAACAACACAAGCUGCACAUGGUCGGUUAAUGCUAGGGUUAAGGGGAUCUCCUUUCCAGCCCUUUAAUGUGUAUUUAUUCCACUGGAUAAAUUGCUCCAGGCCAGUUUUCAGACAGGGACAUGAAUUGAUGACUUCUGAAUAUUUUCAGUAGCUAGUCCUGGUGGGAAGGGGGUUUAAAAGUCUGAUAGGAAGAAAAUGUCUGCUCUGUUAACUGAUAAGGAAACAGUAUCUCACGUUUUAUGAUCUAAUUUAAUUGGAGAGAGUAACUCAUCCCAAUAAUAUGUCAUGUACUGUCUGGGAGAUCAAAAAUCUGUCUGCUCCCCCCAUCACUUUUCACCACCUCUUAUCGAUCCCUUGUCCUAAUUGUAUUAUUUUUCAGAUAACCUUUUUCCAUUCCCUCUUUUUUUCCUUCCAACUUUGUCUCCUUUCUGCCCCAGCCUCUAUACCAGGUACCGUUAAUCCUUUCCACUCACUUUUCUUUCUGCAAUCUUACCCAGCGUCCCACCUUGGACAUCUUUGUCUCCAUUCUGUAUUUCCUCUUCUGCUUUUCCUUUUUAUUACUUCUCCCAUUACCGACAUCUUUUUCUUUUUUCGCCCCCUGACAUCUACAGUUUUCCCUUUCCCGGACCAUCCCUAUCUCUUGUUUUCCUUGUUUUCUGCACUCAUUCAUUCCUCCAAAUGCUCAAAAAUAUAUCCUCCUCCUAGCCUUAAUCCAUGGUACCUCUACCUCAUUUCUGUCCCUUUCGCAGUCAUACUCGCUGUCUGACCACCCUAGCUAUACAUCUUUUCACCACUCGCUUCUUCACGUUGAUCCUUUCAUUCCUGUCUCUCCCCAUGUUGUUCUCUUACCUCCUCUUGCUGCACUCUCCCCUUUAUCCUAUAUUCCCCCCCCCCCAUUUCUCUUUUCUCUAUUGUUAAAUCACAGCCUGGUUCUAAUCUUCUACACCUGGUCUGUUUAUUAUUCUCAAAUAUUUCUUACUUCUUUCUACUUAUUGCUGUGCAGUUAAAUAUAAAAAAAAAAAUCCAAUUUCCUAACUUCACCGAUCUAUAUUAAUAAGUACAUAAAGACCAGGAUUGCUAUAAUGGUGCUUAAUUAUAGUGGAGGAUUAUUUUAACAUAGUUCAUUAUAGCUAUGUAUUUCAUACUCAUUAUUAUGAUUCAGUGAAUUCGGGGGGGGGAGUCUUGACAUUUCCCCUUGUGAUAUCAAUUUCUUCAUGUGCAUGAAAAGUUGUUGAUUUUUUUUUUUACUGAAAACAAAAAGUAAUUUUCAUAAAACUAAAUGUGUGACAAUAAAUGCAUUUUCCUGAUCAAUUUUUGUAAAAAUGUUUAAUUUAUGUGGUUACCCUUCACGACAGGGAAAAUAAAUGUGAAAUCAUUAAUACUUGCUUCUGUAGAAGGCUUGCAUGGUAUACCCUGUAUGUUCCUUAAUUCAUCAGCCUGAUCCCCAUCCAGUGUCCCUUCCCCUCAAAUACCUCUCCCCAAGCCUUGCCCUCUGCUCAACCAUCAGUUCCUAAAUGGGUUUGUUGGACGGGAAGUUUUUUUUUUACUGUGGAGCUGUGUAUGAAAACAGUAGGUAGCAAUCAUACGCUACAGAAUUAAUCCUAUGUAAUCACGGCUCAGUCUUGGGGAUUCCCGCAGCAUGUCCAUACUUUAUACCACCAAAAGCAAUUUUCUUGCACAAGCCCACAGCAUGAAACAUUUCUAUGUUGUCUGCAAAACCAAGGUGAUCUGAGAACUCUACAUUCCCUUCCCUCCCUGCUUCCUACACUGCAUUAUCCUCUCUGCAUUCACGACCCCUCACCGUGCUCCCCGGAAUUCUCUGCGUCUCCUUGUAAUGUUGUAUUUGUGGUUUUGUUUUGCUUCUUACCUUGUGCUGUUUUCCCAAACCCUUCUUGUCUGUUCCACCCCGCAGCCUGCGAUUGCCAUCCGGUGGGUGCAGCCGGCAAAACCUGUAAUCAGACUACGGGCCAGUGUCCUUGCAAAGAUGGUGUGACAGGCAUAACGUGCAAUAGAUGUGCCAAGGGCUACCAGCAAAGCCGCUCGCCCAUUGCCCCCUGCAUAAGUAUGUGUAAUUGGUAUUGGUGCUCAUUACAUAGAGGAUAUUAACAUAGCAGUGCCAUAAAAUGCAGCAGCAUUCAAAAAGGAAUCCCCUGAUAACACACCAGUGACCCCAAUCGUAAUCUUCAAUCCCAGCUUCGUACCCCCUCACAUACAUUUUAUAUGUGCUGCUAUGUAGGCCCAAAGCCUGCACUAGAGUUGGGACACCUACAAGUAUUUAUAAACAAUUAAAUAUCCAUGUAGAAAACCUGGAUAAGCAAACUGUAGAAGCAGAAAUAAUCUGUGCACAUGGCUAGUUUUUUCAUUUACAGUUUAAUACAUUUUCAGUAGUUAUAGUAUAGAUCAGCUCAUGGGCUACCUGUAAGGCAUUUGUUAAAAUGUCAAAAAGCAAACAGUCACCAUAUAGACAUUAAGUGAUAGGCCUUAGAGUAUAACAUAGCUGCAACAAAAUUCUGUAAUCUCACUUUUAAUAUAUCAUCAGAGAGCAGAAGCGAUGACAGCGAGGCAGAGAAUGUUCCAUUUGCCCCCCUCCCCCUGUAAUAUUACCAGGACUUCCUUUUUGAUGUGCAUCAUAAUUAAUGGCACUGUUGUAUUACACACCUAUUUACUAACCACAUGUGUUUCAGUGGAAAAGGGUGAUCUCACCUUAGUUGGAUGGGGCUUCAGAAUCCCAAAAUGUAAUUUAUUUAUUUUUAGUUUUUUAAAGAAAAACUUAUUAGUCCUGCUUUUUAAAGCAGGCUUGGCAAUGCCCUUGGCUGAGGGCAUGUGAAGGUCAUUCAUACAUUUUCUAUUUCAUUUUCAUUCGCUGUGAGAAUGAUCUGUCACCAAAGGACAGCAGAGGGCUGCACAGCUUGUACCCUUGGCUUCUUUGAGAGAAUGAAUCCUUCUUUGCCAUAAAAGUUUUGAUCGUUUAAACUGUUAUCUCUACCAGGCCCCAUAUUUUAAGGGUAAACAUUCUCACAAUUUAACCCACAAUGAAGCUUAAUGUGUCCAUUAAGAACUAAUUAAACGUUUCGCAAUAGACGCUGUUAAUGAACUUGUGGUCACCGCCCACAUCCUGAUGAUAUAUCCCUGUUGUCGCCCGCUGUCCUGUUCACUCUCUGACCCUUUGUUUAUUCGCUUUAGAUUUUUAAUUCGUUUCUUGCUUGCAUCCAGCUAUAGAAUAUCGCUUAGUCUGCUUUUAUGAUCCCUGACAAAGAAAUAUAAUGCAUGAUUUUGUAAAUAGAAACGAUUAAAGCAACAUAUAGUGCGUAUACUUUGUUUCUAAAACCUAAAGUUGUGUUAGUCUGUACACCCUGGGAAGCUGUAUAAAAGACCAAAUUGAAACCAGAACAAUCUAUUUUUCCAUUUUAUUGUGUAUAUUUUAUGUGCUCAUUUUAGGUUUGAAAUAAAAAAAUAAUUCUAUUGUCUCAUUCUUCUCUUCUUCCAACCACCAUUACUACUCCUGACAGAGAUCCCAGUGGCUCCUCCCACUACGGCUGCGAGCAGCGCAGAGGAAGCAGCAGGUGAGUGUUUUGCUGUGAACGCCUGCUGUGCUGCGGUUACCUGUAAAUCGCUUGAUAACUGCUACGACUGAUUCUUAUUUUAAUUUGUUAAUAUAAAUCUUUGUGCUUUCCCAUUACACACAAUAUAUACAAUUAAACUCCUGCCUUGGUAAUUAUUUAUUGCAUACAAUGAGAGUAUUAAUAGUUGUUUUGUUUGGAAUGGCACAGGGCACCAGUAGCAAAGCAAGAUAAUUCUUUUUUUCCCCCAAGAUUUGUUAGAUAUUGGGGAGGGAGAUAUGUUUCUAUAGACAUGUAUUUUGUUGCUGACCUAUAGAUAUGAGCAAAACGCUCCUGUGCAAAAUUCUGAAACUGCCACAACAGUAGAUCUGUUCCAAAAUGGAAUGUCCCUCUUAUUUAAUAACAGCAUGAAUAUACUGACUGCACCAGAGCUGAUAAUAAAAUGAUGUCUCUGGAUUUUAAGUGUCUUAAUAACCUGCGCAGAAAGGUUAAUUAAGAUGUGUUUUAUUCCCCCGCACCCCCUCGUUAAAUUUAUUUUAAAUUCCCUAACUGAAUAACUCUCCAUCGCCUCGGCCGAGUGCUAGUUCCUUGCAGCCACCGUUGCCUGCGGAAUCCUUCUCCCUUGUAGAAUGUUUGGAUACCAUGUGACGUGCGAUGGAUUCAGCUCAGGUUGUAGGGGCUCCAUAUGAUUUAAACAGGAUGCCCUCAUGCUGUGCGUCAAGAACCGACAAGUUCCCUUGGCCAUGGAAGUGCCUUUUUGUUUUGGAUAGCUGUCUUGCCUGGACAUGUAUGGUAUGGAUCCCCCGACCCCUGCACACAACAGGCGUUCAAACCCAAAGCACGCCACGAUCAACCAGCAAUAAAACGAAGGAGAGAACUGACUCAUUUCCAUUGCCACAGAGACCUUAAAAUGGGCCAAAGUUAAAGAAGUGACAGAUUCGUUCCUGUGUUAGUGCCAUAGUGCCAGUCAAUGCAUGGACAUAUAACCAUGUAAACGUGCAGUUACAGAGUGCAUGACAAAUGCCAGUCCCAACCAGUUCGCUCUUCUGUUACCUGUCGUAAAAGCUAACUACUAUGUGACCCUUGACCCCUUUACAUAUUCUGCAUAGUCUGUUCUAAGCAACAUUACAGUCACUGUCUUAUUACCACAUCUGCUGGGACACAAUUCCAGGAAUUAACCAUAGCUUGUCGAGAAGGGCCCUCUGUUUGAAUGUAUUCAUUAAACGAGACCAUCUCUUUGUAACCCCUAAUAAUCAGUCUAGGUUACAGCUCACAAUAUGUGCAGCACAUGUGCCAACAGGCAUUAAAAAGGAUGCAGCGAAUGUUGAGGAAAAGUUAUAAAAUUAUGAAGUGGUCUUAUGCAAGGACCCUGUAUGUGCAGUGUUUGUGUAUAAAAAAUGCUGCACAUACAUAAAUUUGUUAUAUCUGUAACUCCACCCCCAGCAGGGUCAUUAGUCAGCUUAGAGUGAGAGUUCCUUGCUGGAUAAAGUUAAUUCUGUCCAUAUGCUAUGCACAGAGGUUCAUUCAUUGGAUGAUGCUCUCAAUCAAUUAAUAAUCGUUGGCAUCGGCCUCUGGCCUUUUCACUCCUGCAGAAGCCAGAUGCAAGUCACCCGGCAUGAGAGGAGGCUUGGCAACCGUCAGAACCCUGGUGAGAGACAAAUAGAAGCUGCACCAGGGUACAAAAACACAAGUUUACGCCUUGCUAGCCAAUCCACUCCAAUAGAUGGAAAAAUGGGGUGUGAGAGGUAAUACAAGGCUAUAUGGCCAAAUGGUGGUGUCAGCUCCACCAAGGGCUUGUACCCUAAUUUAUGUAAUAGACUGAAAAAUAAUAAAGAUAAUCUCCAACUAGGGAGAUCUAACGGUGCUGACAAAAAAUAUAUAAAUGGACAACAUAUGAUUCAACAAUACAUGAAAUGGACUAGCUAGUAUGGAAGCUAUUAAACUGAAGCUAUAUAGAAGCUUCAAAACUGAUCCCUAAUCUCCUAUAACACCUUCAUGGGUGUUCUAAGCUAGCACUCACUCUCUAAGGUAUCGUGGACCACCUAAUACAUCCACAUCAUAACUAGCUAGAAGCAAACAAAGAAAGGGGUAAGGCUGGUUCUAAAUACCCAUGCCUUAUCUGUGCAAAUCCCUAGUGAAAACAAUAAAGUGCAGUGCACCAGGGUACUUCUAGCAUUAUUACCACCAUAGUGGGCUGUAGUGGGUAUGAAGCUUGGAGUAACACAUUAGGGAAAACCUGGGUUAAAGGUUCCGUGUAUGGUAAUUCCAAAGCCACCCCCUGCAACCUUACCAUAGCUGCUUUUUAAAAAAAAAUAAAAAUUUUUUUUUUUAAAUUCUUUAUUUGUUGCCGAACACAGAAGCAUUGACAUAAUACAAAGGGUAUAGCAGCAUAUUUUCAAACGGUAAACUGCGGCAAAUGUCCCAAAACAAUAAUUACAAUGAUAUAGAAGUUAUCAACUUUGAGUUAAGAGAGUUGUUCAGACACUACUGUGCGAGACACGGUGCCUCGUGUGGGAUGGUGGUUCCUCAUGUAAACGUCCAUUAGGCACCUUGCAUAGUUGGGGUAUAUCACUUGCGUAUUCAUAAUUGCGGUGGACCAUAUUAACGAUAUUCAUUCUCUAGUACAUAAAAUUUUGGGAUACACACCAACCUUGUGUAUAGAUUAUAGGCAAGUCUUAUAAGUAGGAAGUAAAGGGGUAAUGAAGAGCACCAGGUACAGUUAAGAGAGGGGUGGGGGGGAACCUAGGCCACCUUCAUUCUCAUAUUCUUCUCAAAAAGCCCAUGUUUUCUGCAAUGUGGGGGAAAAGAGUUUUGAAAAUUUGCUGUCAGUUUGUUCAUUAGUGGAGGGGUCUCCUCUUUUUAACCAAAACUGGACGAGGGCUUUGCUAGCUGCUAGCGUGAUUCUACCCAGGAGUUUCUUCUCAUGGGAGCUAAAACCCUCUAUAGGGCUUGAAAGCAAGAACAGCCAAGGAUCCAUAGGUACCGGUCUUUGUAGAAUGCGAGUGGCAAGAGACCUCCCCUUCCCUUAAACCAACACUACUACUCUUGGACAUGCCCACCAUAUGUGGUAUUAGGUUCCCCUAUGCCCACAUUGCCUCCAACAGUCAUCCAUUUCGGUCUUCCCCAUAUGAUACAAUUUAACUGGUGUGGUGUACCAGUGAAAUAGGGUUUUGAAUGAUUGUUCCUGUAGUGUUACACAGAUAGAAGAGUUGGCAUUUGCUUUCCAUUUCCUCCCAUUCCCCUCAGGUCUUUUUCUCAUAACUCAGUGUGUUUAAGGUUGCCCCAUUCGUUCGAGUGAGUGCAGAAUUGUAUGUAUAUCUGGGAGAUCAGCCCUUUUUUGGGGGCCUCCUGUGUGCAUAAAUUUCCAAACAUUUUUAAGGUAGUCCGGGCAGGCUAUUUCAUGAUUAGCAAAGUCUCUUAACUGCAUAUAUCUCAAGUAAUCUCUUGGAGACAGUCUGACCCCUUGUUGCAGGUCAAAAAAGGAGAUGAAUUACUUGCCCUGAAAUAGGUGUCCAAACCUUUCCAGUCCAGCGUAUUCCAGUUCCUUAAAGUCUAUAGGGUUCAUACCCGGUAGCUGCUUAAUUUUUAAAGCCAGGUCUAUAUUUUCAGUGCUCAUAUAGCCACAUCAUCAUGCAUAAAAAUACUCAGAUUAUCAGCAAGUUUUAUCAUUUUUACCAUUUUGUGUGCAUACAAGACAGAAAUGGUAAAAUAAGAUUUUAUAUUCAUAAUAUCCUCAGAUUCUACCACCUAAGCUGCCAGCCUGCUCUCCUGGUCUAUAAGAUCUUUGGUCACAAAGUCCUAGUCCAGUCGUGGACCAACAGUAUGACCUCUUAACUCUGGCAGGUUCCUGUGCCAUCAUGCUCUUACUGCAGAAUGCUGGCCAGGGACUUGGUGUUUUUGAUGAAGAUACAGAUAGGUCUCUUCUCCUUUCUGGAGUGCGAGAGAGUGCAGCGCAGGGUUUGCAGAGAGCCAGUUUCUUGGCAGAGGCUCUGGGAUUCCAUUGAGUAUUAGUAAUUCUCUCUUUGCCUGUUUGUAUUUCAUUACAUUCAAUUACUCGUUCAUGCAGGGUUGGAGCUGUGUGUAACUGCCUGAGAAUGUGUGCUCUGGGAUGGGACGUAUAGCAUACAGAGCUGCCUCUGUACCUUGUAUCGAUUCAGAAAGCUAACUGCAAGCGGAGAUUGAUACAUUGCAUUGUUGAAGUUCUCGAGCAAUUUAUUGUAGGACAUGUCAAAUGUUCAAGGUACACCUGUGGGCACUAUAUAUAUAUAUAUAUAUAUAUAUAUAUAUAUAUAUAUAUAGCUAUAGCUCUGGAUGCAUUGUCACUGUCUUCAAGUCUGCCUUGUAGCUCCUCCCACUGUAAAAUACAAAUCCUAUUGCUCUAUUGACUAGAGUUGCUAAACAAUGCACAUUUUUCAGUUCCUGGCGUACACAAGCAGUUUCCAAUCAUUUUACGGUCGCUUUGUUUUGAAUGUUUGUGUUGCAUUGAUAGUGUGUACCCAAACUCCCAGUGUGUAUACCUUAAUACUCUUUGGUUUUUGCUAUACAUUAACUGGCAUUGUUCACUGUCCUGCUCCAUAAUAGGUCUUCCUAGCAGACAUCCCUCCUAAAUUCCUUAGUCCAGCAAUGGCUGAGCCUGACAAUGGAAUGGUGCAAGGGUCUCACGGGGGUUACUAAGGUGAAACGGACCACCAGAGGUGGUGAACAGAAAAACCACCCAUCCAUUUGAAUUUUACAGCACAAAAGCUGUGAGAAAGCACAAUGACAUUCUAUAUAAACAGAGAUUUCUUCGUUGGUUUCUCUCCUGAGUCCAUCGGUAUAUUGCCAUAAACAGGACAAUUUUUUAGGCAAGAAAGUCCUUUGUAUUUUAUAAACUCUAGUGCUGGUCACAGAAUUAUUUGGGUUUUCCCUGAAGAACAUAAAAUGAUUUGUUUUAUGUAGUUAUCUUUUAAUAAGUCCGAUGACGGUCUCUGUGGAACGAGAGGAUUCAGUCUUUCUUAAUGGAACUAGGUUUGAUUAGUAAUCAAUCAACAUUUACUCAAAACAUUGGAAAUGUGACUUUAUUGGCACAUUCCACCACAUAAUGAUGUGCGUUCACAGUCACAUCAAACCACAAAGACAUGGCUAUUGCAGUACAAACUGUUUUCUGUAUCACCUGCAAGUUUGAGAAGUCUGCUGUAAUACCAGUGAGAGAUAUACCGUCUUUCCCUAUGUGUUAUUGUGCAAAGACACGUAAUGAACAGUGGAAACGUGGGCUCCGACGAUGGAUCAUGUGAUCAUUCGUACUAAAAACUUAUCAAUUUUUGAAAUAAAAGGUUAGUGAAGAUAGAAAUAACAAUCUGAAAACAGAAGCAACCUAUACUAAUAAUAGUAAAAAAAUAAAAUCACCCUGGAUCGUACACAGGACAAACAGAACAGAUUUAUCAAACUGUCGUGUUCAGGAAUGUUUUGAAAAGAUGCAAAAGACGCAGAGUCCCCAAUAGAAUUUGCCUUUUGGUUUCCAUGGUGAUAGUCCCACUUAUAGUACUUUACAGAAUCUUUCUGAACACAUUGAUACGUUUCUCCUAUUGUCUCUGUGAAGUGAAGGGACAUCACCGAGGAACUGUCAGUAGUAAAGCUACUGACACAAAUCCCAUUAGAUAUGCCUGUUACUGUACCCACUGCAAAGAACUAAACAAGACAUGAACUGCGUCUUUCAACGCAAUCAGCCAAAUCGAGAUCACAACCUGCUAUGGAUGGACGCGUUCCCUAACAGAACAUGAAGACAUAAGUGCUUGGCGAUGGCUAACCUUCGUACUGUACAAAGACUGGCUAAGCAUGAUGGGAGAUGUAGCUCAAAAGUCUACAGUGACAGAUUUAGUCAUCACUGACCCAGACUCUCAUUUCAAACUGCUACAUUAAUAGAGCCAAGCUUCUGAUUUUAAUUUCCUAUCGCUUGUAUCACUGAAUAUAUAUUUCUGUGCUUUUUUUUUUUGGCCUCUUAAUCCAAAGCCGUCUCAACAGGAGAAAACAAACCCUGAAACAAUAAUGGGGCCUUAAUCUAAUUACAUGCUUUAUUUGUGGCGAUUUGUCCUCCAAUCAAUCUUACUCAGGGAGAAUAAAAGGAGACUAAUGUGCACUGGUUUGAACUCUCCUUGUUUCCCAGCCUGGAGGUUAAUGAGAGGCUCUGCCCCUGCUGGGGGAGGAUGGGCACAUCACAGAUACCGGCUAAUUGAAAGGAUUGACUAUUGUCAGUCGUGCACUAAGCGACCUCCCGGCCGAGAUGGGACAGAGCUAUGCACUAUUUAUUCUCCAUAUCAGCCUGGGUGACAUUUAUCUCUAAAAUAAAGCAAAAAUUCUACAACUCAAAUAAGUUUUCCAACAUUUUGCCAGUUGUCGGCUCAUUACAUCUUCUUCGUUAAUGGGGAAAAAAAUCCCCCCUAAAAGCAGGUAAUAAAUGAUAAUACUAUAUUAUUAUUUUAUAGAAAACUUGUAAUGUUUUUCUUUCUGUUCCCAAGAACUUCCCAAAGGAAAAACAAAACAAAACUGAUGCUUUCUCUUUUACCAAUACGUCCUGAUUGGAGGGAACGCAGUGCAGCUCAGCCAAAGAGAGAUCAGUGUAGCUGCUGACUAUACCACCCAACAGCCAAUCACUUUCCUCUUCUUUUUGAUAUAGUAUUUCAAAGUCAUACUAAGAGGAAUGGGAAGCAAAUAAUAGACAAGAUAGUGAUUGGCUGUAAGUCAUGUCAUCAACUAAACUCACACUGGUUUCUCAUUGGCUGAACUAAGUACGUACUAAGUUUACAUCUAAUAAGGAAGUAGUUUUGUAAAAAGAGGAGGUGUGGCUAAGGGGGCGGAGUUAUGCUGCAGAAAGUGUGGAGAAAAAUAUCAUGAGUAUAAGGUCAAAUGCACUUACGUUGCGUUGGUGUCCGGAAUGUCUAAUUUUAUAUAUAUUUUUGUGCAUUGUAAGAAUUAAUACCAAACUUGCAGUUUAAUUAUCAAUGUCUAACUCCUGACUGACUACUCAAUUUUUAUCAGUUUAAACCGUGGAUUCCAGUUACAGAGAACAAGGAGGAGUUAGAUCAGUGCACCUUUUAAUGCUUUUGCUUAAAGAUUUAUUCAACACUUAGCACUGUCAGUUAAAAAAUUGCAAGCUCUCCGUUCUCUAUAUUCGCUUUUCCCACCGGUGUCUAAUAGGACGACUGAGGUUUUAUUUUAUUAUGCACUUUUAUUACACACAGUGGACAUUGGAAUCUGGUGUAAUACAGCAGAGGACUCUGUGCAGGAUCAGGGGGUAAGAGCUUUUGUAUUUAAAGGAUCUUGGAUAUAAAAUAAUUCGCUAGCGUCGUGAGCUCAUUAGCAAUUGCCAAAAAAUCUUAAAUACAGUCCCAAUUGCACUUACACGAUAUGGUCCUUUUAAAAUGCUAUCUGUGAGUACAGUAACGUACACUGCAUGACCAGUUGGCUAAACGUCCUGGCAAGCAGGGGAUUUGUCUGUUGUGCACUGCAACUACGGAAUCCGUUAAUCAUAAGGCACGGUUCUAUACUGAAAACACAACACAUUUGUGGUUUUAACAGCAUACAUAAGGCCAGAACCCCAUCCCACACCUUACAGUGACUGUUUAUGCUGACGAGCCCUACAUCACUGUGGGUCAGUCUAAGCCCUGUUUAUGUGGAUUAAUCUAUAAAUUGGAUUUGGUUAUUAGCGGAAAACGAUUCUGUUAACUGAAUACAAAGAUUUGUGUAAAACAAAAGUCCACAAUAAAAUGGGUAGAGAUUUAAGAACAUCUAAGAACCAAAUUAAAUAAAGGUGAUUAAAUCCGGUCUCUUGCAUAAGGUUUUAUAGGGCUGUGUAGACAUGUAAGUUCCAUCGUUUCAUCCUUUCACUAUCUGCCAAGUUUCUUAACCCACAAUGUGUAAUGUGUUACCAUUAACUUAAAAUCACAGGGAUAUGGGUAGGCAACCUUAGCACUCCACAUCGCUCCUGAUGCUUUGCCAGCAUUAUGGCUUUGUGAUCAUUAUGGGACAUGUAGUCCACAACAUCUGGAGUACUGAAGUUGCCUACCACUGCUCUAGGCAUCAAGACAACAGACUGCAUCUCACUGUAGUGCUUUUACUCAGAAAUUAAAAAUAUUGAAUAUUUGGAUAUUUAAAGGAACACUAUAGGGAAGCAUUGAGAGGCUAGUGCGCAUGCACAGUAAAAUUCUUUCUAUGAGAGUCAUUUGAUCCAACACAGAAUUUGACUCUGCUAUAGCUGCGGAAGUGCUAAAAAUCAACAUGAAGAAAUACUGCAAAAAAGAUUAUUAGUGUUAGGAAGAUGGCCACUUGAUGCAUGCUAACCCUGAAAUGAAAGCAUUGCUGUUCCUGCACAGAGUCCCUUUAACUGUUUACAUUUAGCCGAAAACAAACUCUAGUGGCUCUCAGUCUGAAGCCACUUCCUCCCGCUGUCCUUUGAUAUUCCAAGGACUUCACGUUCAGCUUUCGCCAUGCAAAGGAUCACAUAACAGCUACGAGUCUGUUUUGGACACAGCAAGGGUUUCUGGGAAUGGUAGUUCAUUUGGCAGCUUUUCUGUAAAAUGCUAAUAGCUGAAUUACAACGCCCAGAAACAUGUCAGAGGUACUUUAGAGCCAAAAAACAACCCUAAAUAUAUUGAAAGAAAAAACAGCCAUCAUAACUUUCUGUAACCUAAAUAUUGUAGUUGCAUGUGCUCGGAGUACCCCCAAUUUUAAAUAACAUGCCUUCUGUUGAAUUCUUGUUUAAAACGUUCACCAGUACGGAUAAAAAGAUGAUAAAUACAAAAUAUGCCCGAAAAUACGGAUUGUUUCAGGGCUAAUUCAGGCCAACCACGCACCAUAGCAAGGCCUCUAUUAAAAUAUGAUGGAUUCAUUGGCUAUCCUCCCAGCAGAGGCCAAAUACUUUGAAGAACUUAUUGCUCAGUUUAAGACAUACCUCUAGUCUGUAAAGUGUGACGUGGAUUAAUCCCUGGAAGUGUGGUAGUAAUAUGUAUAGCUUGGGGGAAAGACGAGACAGGGGGGAUACGAUAGAAACAUUUAAAUACAUAAAGGGAAUAAACACAGUAAAGGAGGAGACUAUAUUUAAAAGGAGAACUAUCACAACAAGAGGACAUAGUCUUAAAUUAGAGGGACAAAGGUUUAAAAAUAUCAGGAAGUAUUACUUUACUGAGAGGGUAGUGGAUGCAUGGAAUAGCCUUCCAGCUGAAGUGGUAGAGGUUAACUCAGUGAGAGAGUUUAGGCAUGCGUGGGAUAGGCAUAAGGCUAUCCUAACUAUAAGAUAAGGCCAGGGGACUAAUGAAAGUAUUUAGAAAAUUGGGCAGACUAGACGGGCCGAAUGGUUCUUAUCUGCCGUCACAUUCUAUGUUUCUAUGUUUGUUGUAUACCUACAGAAACAGAUAUUUUGACAGUAAACAAGAGAUGGUCAGGCUGUGUCUGUGAGAUCUGUUAAUACACUCACCCUUUUCUCUCUCUUCUUCCUUAGAUUGUGAAACUUAUUGCAAGGCAUCAAAAGGGAAGCUAAAAAUCAACAUGAAGAAAUACUGCAAAAAAGAUUAUGGUAAGUUGCUAUGUUCUUCUAAUCCCCUUCAUGGGAUUCUCCGCUACAAGCAAUGGCUUAUUUAAAAAAAAAAAAGAAAAGGGGAAAAGGGGGACGCAAUGUCUAAGGAUUGCUCAUUUCAAUAUCUUUUGGUAGACAUAUGUAGUAACAGUGCUAUACUGCUACCUUUUUGGGGUUUAUUUGGUUACUGUUAACCGGGAGCUAUGAGAUGACAAGCUAGCUGUAGAACAGUUACCAGCAAGAAGGAAGCAUUCUAUGGAUAGAAUGGAAUUAUGGAAAAAAUCCACAUUUCUACUAUACAAAUUAGAGCACACAAUAGACACAGCUAAUCCUAUAGGCUAAAUUCUGUAUAAUGCACAGAAAUAGUUGAUACCCAGAGUGCUCUUUUUAAAGAAGAAAUCUGGUGAUAGAUUUUAUAAAAUCAUACUGCAAUCCAUCGCUGUCUCCGAUAGACAGCUUAGCGGGUAAAGAAGAAAUCUAAUUGGUUUCUCCUGCUGUGCCCGUAAACCCCAACCCCCUCAACCUGAUGCAGAUGACAAGACGCGAUUCCUGUUCGAGGCUUUGGACUGUGGCCAUUGCGUUCUGACAAGAAAGACGUCUGCGUCGUGUACGGCUGCAGAAUAAGGAGAGUGAAAGAGCUGACAUGCUGCAUUCUGCCUCCCAGCAAGGGGUGCCUUACAAUCAUCAAAUGGGCAUCCCAGGGACACAUGCUGCUCCAUUUAAUACGUCCGCUCACUUACAAACCGCAGCUAUUUCGCCUCAGCAUGAGGGCUUCUUUGCUGGCCGAAAGGCUAAUCCGCUGGUGUCUGAUCUCUGUGGCUUGGAUGGGCACAGCUUUGUGCAAAGGGGAAAUGGAUUCUGCCAACUUUCCCAGAGUGGAGGGACGGGACUGAUUCUGUUUUUUUUUUACAGUGUAUCUUAACAGGGCAGGGGCACGGCUACAUUGUGAAACCAGUGGGCAGGAGCUCUAAUUUACAGGAAGGUAGUGAGACAAUAUCACCUUGCAUUAUAAAAGAGACAAUCCAUAUUCAAGGCUGUAAAUUAAGGGAUGUCCAAUAUCGCUGCCUUGCGUCCAUGCCAACAGGUCAAACGUGUGUGUCCGUGUAUUUAACCCUUGUUAGACAAAAGAGCAGACAUAGACGAACCAUAACUUUUUGCCCUCUAAAUUUUUUAUUUUUUUUUAACCUUUUCCAUGAAAAGCACAUUGUCUUGGAUUCACUAAAGUAAAUUGUGAAGAUAAAUUACUAGACUGGAAAUUUUAUUAAAAAUAAAUAAGAAUUGGGAGGGGAAAAAACCCAAACAAACUAUAAUGAUAUAUUGAUAUGGGAAAUGUGCCGGCAAAGCAUAGGAAAUUUAGAUGGAAAGAUAUAGCUUCAGAUCGGGGUGUACAGACACAGAAUAGACCUCAAGCAGCACUGUGGCUGCUAUUAAACUACUAUUCUUGAUAUCCACAAACAGACUGACUCAAGAUAAUGGCUAUUGUAGUCUUGUUGGCGGGCCUUGGUGUGACAGCUUGGGUAGAGUUAGCGGUAGUAGCUCACAGGUUGGACAGCAAAAGAUGUAUGGGCUGACCUGUCCUUCAAACUCUCAUUGCCAUCAGAGGUUGGACGGAUUUGCACUUGAUAAUGGGGAAGUGUAAUUUCUACAUCAUCAGUGCAGAUGCAGCAUGGGGCAGGAACAGCCUGGACUUAAAAGCCAGGGAACGGCAUCCAUACACUCACUAAGGAGCCUUAGAGUUAUAACAGAGUGCUCCUUAUAAAUUAAGUAUUUUGUAAACAAACCCUAUUGUUUAAAAAAAAAAAAAAAAGCUGUCUUUUUAGAAACCAAUUGAUGUGGCACACUUCUUGUCCUUUUGGAGUCCUGCAUCACAUAUAAUGAUCGGUUACCAGCAAGAGCAGGCUAAGUGACAAUGGACAGAUUUACUAAGGUUCAAGUUAUACCAAGUUUGGUUGUAGCAAUUAUUGAUACAAGACAUUCACUGUUAUUAGAAUUGACUUGUAAUGAAAACUGAAAUGCAAUCAAAAGGCCAAAACAGCAGAUUGUGAUAAAACCGAUUCACACCUCCUGUCACUAUAUCUCCUUUUACUUCUAGCAGCUGGUGAUGUCUCUCCCAACCCAGAGUCUUUUACCUCGUCUGCUCAUACUAAAACAACUAGAAACCACGCAAACCUUAUUCAAAUACCCUGCUGUUUCUCCUCCUCUACCAACAUUCAGUGGGCACUCUGGAACGCACGUUCCAUCUGUAGCAAUAUUAAAUCAACGGCCGCACACGACCUCUUCAUCUCUAAUUCCCUCACACUUCUAGCACUCACUGAGACCUGGCUGCCCCCCUCCGAUACCGCUACUCCAGCUUCUUAAUGUUUCGGUGGAGUACAAUUCUCCCACACUCCCAGACUCAACUGUAAAGGCGCCGGUGUAGGCAUCCUUCUCUCCCCUCAAUGUACCUUUCAACCUAUCAUUUACUUCCCUUGAAGUUCACACUGUCCGCAUAUUUAAGCCCACUCCUUUAAGAACUGCCAUCAUCUAUCGCCACCCUCCUCUCCCCCCCUUCCUGGCCAUCCCACUUUCUCCCCUCUAGCACUCCUUCCCUCAUACUUGGGGACUUUAACAUUCCUCUAACUGACCACUAUUUGCUGACCUUUGACAUCAGCAUACCCCGUACCCAAAUUUCACCACCUUAAACUCUCCAAUCUCACAGAAACCUCCACUGCCUUGAUCUCCAGCAUUUAUCCACCAAUCUCCAAAGUCUCCUUUUACCCAUCUCAGAUCUCACCUGCCCUAACUCUGCAACCUCACUCUACAACUCCACUCUCUCCAUCAUGGCACCUUCUACAUUUAAAUGCAGCAAGCGCUCCCAAUUACAACCCUGGCACACCAAGCUGACCUGGUAUCUCAAAAUUGUUUCCAGAACUGUUGAACGCUGUUGGAGAAAGUCUCACUCUGCACCUGACUUCCUCCACUUUAAAUUUAUGCUGCACUCCUACACUCUGCAAAAGUAAAUUACUUCAACACCCUCAUAAGCACACUGUCCCGCCAACACAAAUGCCUAUUUCACACACUUUUAAUGCUCUCAUUUGCCCUGUUGCUCCUACCACCCUAUCUGCCUCAAACUUUGCUAUUCACUUCACUGAGAAGAUUCUUUACAGUCAGGGAAGAGAUCUCUAAUCUGUCUCCCUCCCCUUCCAAUACAUCACCCAACCCACUCACUCUACUGUUCUAUGCUCAUUCGCACCUACUACAACGGAAGAGGUUUCUGCUCUGCUCUGCUCCGGUCCUCCUGCCCCACCACCUGUUCACUUGAUCCUAUUCCCUCAUAUCUCAUCCGCACCAUCUCCCGCUCUUGCUCUUCCUCUCACAAAAACUUUAAAUCUCUUCCUUUCCACUGGCACAUUUCCUUCACUCUUCAAGCAUGCAACCAUAACGCCAAUUCUGAAAAAGCUCAACCUUGACCCCAACUCCCCCUCCAACUACUGCCCUAUAUCGUUACUGCUGUUUGCCUCCAAGAUCCUUAAGAGAGUUGUGUAUGCGAGAUUGACAGACUUCCUUGAAUCCAACUCUCUGCUCGUCACUCUGUUGAAACAGCUGUGACUAAAGUAUCAAACGAUCUAAUCGCUAAAUCUCGGCCAUUACUGUAUCCUAAUUCUCCUUGCUCUUUCUGCUGCCUUUGAAACUGUUGAUCAUCAGCAGCUUCUUCUCAUUUUCCGUAAUCUCGGUCUACAAGAUACUGCUCUCUCCUUGUGCUCCUCCUACCUCUCCCGGCGCUUUCUCAGUGUUUCUUUCUUUGGCUCUGCCUCUUCUCCCAAAUCCCUCUCUGUUGGUGUUCCCCAAGGUUCUGUCCUUGGUCCCUUACUGUUCUCAAUCUAUACCGCCUCCCUUGGUAAACUCAUCAGCUCCUUUGGCUUCCAUUAUUACUUAUAUGCAGAUGACCUGCAAAUCUACAUGUCCUCUCCUGAUCUCUCUCCUCCCAUCUUGACUCGUGUCUCUGACUGCCCCUCUGCUAUUUCCAACUGUAUGGCUGCUCACUUCCUUAAACUCAACCUGUCCAAAACAAAACUUUUGGCCUUUCCUCCCUCAAGUGUUGUUACUCCUGUGUCUGUCUCCCUCCAAGUCAACGGCGCCACCAUCACCUCUACCUCGCUGCCUUGGUGUUCUCUUUGACUCCAACCUCUCCUUCACCCCUCAGGUCCAGUUGGUCAUCAAAUCCUGCCGCUUCCAUUUCAAAAACAUAGCUCGCAUCCGCCCCUAUUUAACACCAGACGUGACUAAAGUGCUGGUUUCAUUUUGACUAUUGCAAUCCCCUUUUCAGUGGUCUUACAUAUUCCCCGAUUGCAAUCUAUAAUGAAUGCAGCUGCGAGGCUCAUUUUCCUGUCCGCCCGCACCUCCCCCCUCUGUCAGUCCAUAAAUUGGCUUCCAGUUAGAUAUAGGGCUCAAUUUAAGGUUCUGGUGCUUGCUUACAAGUCCCUACAUAAUGCUGCUCUAACUUACCCAUCCUCCCUAAUACACAAGUAUGUCCCGUUGAGGCCCCUGCGCUCUGCCAAAGACCUACAUCUAUCCUCUGUCUGUACUCCCACAUGUGAUGCUCGGCUCCAAGACUUCUCCAGGGCUGCACCUUUUCUGUGGAACUCCCUUCCCUUAUCCGUUAGACUUUCACCCAGUCUCCACUCCUUCAAAAUAUCUUUGAAAACUCACUUCUUCAGGAAAGCAUAUAAUUUAAACUGUUAGCGGAUUUUCAUUCCCCCCUUUUACCCCCAUGACUCCUCUCCUGCAACUGUCAAAAAUAAGUUCACUGAAUUCUUUUAUUACCCCUACUUAUAUACCCCAUUACCUCUAGCAUGUAAGCUCAUUGAGCAGGUCCCUCAACCCUUCUGUUCCUGUGCGUCCAUUUGUCUGGUUACAAUUACGUGUCUGUUACUCUGCCCAUUGUACAGCGCUACGGAAUUUGCUAACGCUAUAUAAAUAAAAUAAUUGUCCAAUAAAACUACAGAUGAGAAGAAUUAACUUGCGGUGGGUGACAGAACCACUGUAUGUGAGUUGAUCAUUGAUAUAACACCUUAACUACCUGGGCUCAGAAAACAGAGGUUUUUUUUUUACUGGAUAGUUGUCAGCACAGCUCUGCUACUUUGGCUGUAAGGUAUCGACUAGAUUGCCAGUGCAGUUGAGCUUGCUGUAUAGCAGAUAAGCCCCUUAGCAACAACAUUUAAGAUCCAGAUUAUCACUUCUUUCCUACAUCCAGAACAGGUAUGUAUGAGAGUCUACACUCAGAUAAUUGUAUCAUUCCAUCAGAUGGCACUUGGUGACAGCCACCAGGGUGAGUGUCCAUCCAUGUACACAUUACUUCUCACUCGCUCUGUACAGUGAGUGAGUGACAGAUAUGGUAUAUAUGUGAGUGCCCCUCUCAGAAAUCACACAGUGAGUAUGCACUCAGCCCUCCUCCCCUCUCUGCUCAUUGUGAAUGGCACAGCCUGAGCCUGCACCAAUGUUUUCACAGCUGGAAGGAAAAAAAACAAAUCCUGGAAGCCUUUAGAAUUGAGAAUGUUGAUUUUUCCAAAGGUGUCUCAUUCCCCCAUAAGACCCUUGCAGCCCCCCUUCUUACUCUAGAGUGGAUGGAUUCUAGAGGCUCCUCUAAGGUGGUUAAAUGGGUCCUUUAGCUAGAACUAGCUCUUCCAUGGUAGGAUUUGCUAGAAUAUCACCAUCCAUGGGUCACAGCCAGUACAAUAAGGCUUAGGAUACAUAUAAUCCAUGUAUCACUACCAUAUCAGGGGGGCAGGUAGAGCUAAUCUUUGUAUGAGGAGUUUUAUAUUACCAAUUGUUAGGUCACAGCAGGUUCAUAAAGGUCGAGGUUGAGAAUUAUUUUUAAAAAAUCACCAUCGCUACAACCUGCACAUUAUGUAUGACCAUUAUACAAUUAUCCACGUUAUGUUUUAUACAGUUUACAUCAGACAUCUUUAAUAUUCAAAUUCAUAGUUCCAAGCAUAAUGUGGAUAUAUGGUAUGUAUCACCCAAUUUACUGUCCAUAAGUUCUCAUAGUACUCCAUACGAGGUCCCCUACAGAAUCUCAGUAAGCAGGAGUGCUAACAAAAAGCUUUAAACUAUGUUAACUUGUCAGAGAAAACGUGAAUGGCUGGGGUUCCUCUGUUAUAGCUGCCAUAAUAAGGCCUUAAAUUGUUAACUAGAAAUAGUUCUAACAAGUCUUAUUAACUUCUCCACCUUCUGGUUCCAGCUGUGCAGAUUCACAUCCUGAAAGCGGACAAAGCUGGAGACUGGUGGAAGUUCACAGUUAAUGUCAUCUCGGUGUACAAACAAGGGACCAAUCGCAUCAGGCGGGGAGACCAAAACCUGUGGAUCCGCUCCAAAGAUAUUGCAUGCAAAUGCCCCAAACUGAAACCCAUGAAGAAAUAUCUUCUCCUGGGAAAUGAUGAGGAUUCACCAGACCAGAAUGGAGUGGUAGCAGAUAAGACUAGCUUGGUCAUUCAGUGGAGGGACACGUGGGCAAGGAGGCUGAGAAAGUUCCAACAGCGAGAAAAGAAGGGAAAGUGCAAGAAAGCUUAGGUGAACGUAUUGGAGAAGAGAGAUGGCCCUCGGAGGAAAACUGAAGUCAUGUAGAAGAAAGAGUGAGAGAGGACCGUACUUGCUGCUUGCUGUAGAAUCUGGAGCAGAUAGGUUUUUCGAUUAGAAACUGUUUAUUUUUUCAUUUUUUUUUUUCCAGAAGGAAGCUGGAACCUUGCUUUUCGAAGUUGGCAUUGUGUGGGGAGACAGAAAGAGGGUCUUUUUUUGUUUUGUUUUUGUUGUUCUUUGUGGAACUGACGCGUUUGCACCUAAUAUGUAGAAUUCUUCACAGACACACAAGCACGUGAUGCAGAGUGGAGAGAGGGUGGGUGGCUUUGGGAGAGUUAAUGCAGAGAGAGUUACGGCUUGGCGAGUUGUGAAAUUUGCACCUGUUUGUUAUCUCCUUGGCUGUGAGUCAUUAAUCGUUUAAGUGUUUCUCACAUUCAAUGCCCCGUGGCCUUUCCACUCAUCUGGAAUGGAGACCAACAACCCCCGUAGGAACCUAGUUACCUCUAAACACCCUUAGGGGCAGUUAAUAUUUGUUGGUAACCCAACAACAGCGCAACAGAGAUUUGGAAACAAAAAAAGGGCUCACACCCUUUAUUUUCCACCUCCACUUCAAAUGUGGUUAGAUAUCCCCCUCUGACAUGUUCCUCCCCUCUACCUUCCCCUGCAAGGGGCGACUGCUAGGUUUUUAUGCCUAGAAAGAUUUAAUUUGUAUAAAAAUGCAAAUCCUAACAUUUUAAGUGUGUAUAUCAAUGAAAUAACUUUUUUUAAAAAGAAAAAAAAUUCUUUAUGUUGUGUAUUUUAUAUGUCUAAUACCCUCUGUAUGUAGCAAUAUAUACAGGGGUUACAGUAUUAGCUGGUCGUAUUGGGGAGCCUUAGUGUAAGGAUACCAGCAGAGUAUAUAUAUUUACAGAGUUCAGAAAAUAUAUAAGCGUUACAAUAAUUUUUUUAUUUUUUUUUACCAAGUAGACAGAAAAUUAAAUUACACAAUUAUUGGGGUGUUUACGCCAAUGGUGUACCCCCAGAUGCAUUACCUGCCACCCUGGAAACUAAAGCAUUAAGGAUUUGAGGAGCUGUAUACUGGGAUCAAAGUACCCCAUUGUCCAAUUUACACUUUAUAAUCUGAAAGUCAGUGUUUACAAAUGUGUGGUUACUGUCCUGAACCAUACUAGUUUAGAAACAUAGAAUGUGACGGCAGAUAAGAACCAUUCGGCCCAUCUAGUCUGCCCAAUUUUCUAAAUACUUUCAUUAGUCCCUAGUUUGGUGAUACAUCGAAACAUAUGGACAAAGAACCAAGCUGGCAAAAUUUGACUUCAGCUAAUAGUCCAUAAAAUGAAUAGGUUGAUAACCAUUAAUUCUACUCUACAUGAAGCAAAAAUUACUUCUGUCAAAAUGUUUAGACAGUCUGUUCAUAGAGACGGCAGAUAAAAUGCUGUCAUAUAGGGAUCCCUACCAGUCUCUAAGAAACUCACAAAUAAUAAAGAUUUGGGGCUGGGCAAGAUUGUAGCCGAUGUUCCAUUAUUCCAUGCUGUGUGUGACAAGAACAGGUCACUGACAGAUCGUGGGGUAAAUCGGACUUACAUAUUUUGUCCAGCUCAGCUAUGUUAACCUUUUCAGGUUCCUUUAGAGAGUGCCCCUCCUAAUAAAAAUUUUAAUCUAUUUAAUGUGUUGCAAGGAACCCUCGCUGACUAGUUUUGGGGAAUGGCCUUCCUAAAAGCAGUCCAUUGUAUACUACUCCUGGUGUUUUAUUAGAUCCCACUCCUGAAUCAUUUUAUUAUGCAAUCUGUUACAGCCUCUGAAACUGGCUUUGUUUGCUGGAGUGUAUUAUAAACUUUUAAAGGACAAUAUUUGUAACGUAAUUUCAUAUUCUGCAAAACUAUGAAGUGGGGGGAGUGUUUGAAUUGUGUAAAUUGGAGUAACAGUACAUUAUAUAGAGUAAUAAGGAUCACAGAAGUUUAAAGAUGGGUUCAGAGAAAUAGGAAGAAUUAUCCAGAUUUGGUAAAUGCGAGGAAAUCACAUAGGAUGAAGUAUGAUUUUAUGACCUUUCCUUAGCAUUGCAUUCUUCCUUUCAUGUGCAGGGUAAAAAUAAAUAAAAUGCCAUUUCUGAACUGAGAUCAGUGCUCGAGUAAUUGCCGUUUUCCUUGGCCAAGGUACAGGAUAUUGGCGUUUGGUGUGGAGGGUCAGUAUGUGUGCGGAGUUUUGGAAUAAGCUCCUGUAUUUCCAGAACAUCUUACAGACGCUAAGCGACAGAGCAUUAAGUCGGUGUACACAGCCCCCAGAGGCCUGGACGGAUUACGAGCAGCUAAUUAUACCAGGUCACCACUGCAAAGAGAGAGCAAAGGUCGUUUUACAGUAAGAGCCAUCAGCGAGUCCGGGAGAAAGAUUCCUCUCCUUCCUGGACUCCUGAUCCUGUGUUUGCUCUGCUAAUUUGUAAGGAUUACCCUGCGGUGCAUCCGCUCGAUUUGAGGUCAGAAGUUAAACAGCUCCAUUCUAUUCUGUUGCACAUGCAACACAUUCGCUACAAACAACCGAUCUUUGCUAUACAGCUUGUUUUAGGGAAUACUAUGGCUUCCCCAGAACGCAAGCAGAAAGUUGCAAAGUAUAAAAUCAAAAGUAAGAAACUUAAAAAAAAUAAAAUUCAACGUGUAUAAAUUUGUAGGCUAACACAGUUCAGCAAAUUUCCUUUGCAUCUUCUAAACCUGCACAUUUUGAUUAAUCAUUAUGUCAGAUGACCUGGAGAAAAACUGAUGUAAACAGAAUUUUGUGCACGCACAUUUUUUCACGUUUCACCAAUGCAGCACAAGAAUUUUCAUAAUAGGCCUCAAUGCAAAGGACUUUGUUUCUUCAAAAUCAUUACUUGGCCUAAUUAAAUAAACGAUUUGAAAGUUUUCAAAUAAAUUGAUGCAACAUUAAUGCUGCGAUCACAAUAAAUCCAUGUGAUUGUCAUUUUACUAUAUUGCAUUAGCGCUAUGCAUUUUAUUAAGAAAAGACAAACCAUUUCUUUAAUUAGAAGAUCAUGUCACGCUAGAUAUGUUAUUGCUCUUCUACACGGCGUCAUAGUUCGCGUCUCCUGUAGUUCAAAAAGGUUAAGCUAUAUUGUAUAUACGUCUACGUAAGUGAAUUCUUUCACGUUAUGAAAAAUUUGGGGGAAUUAGAUUAUUGCUUUGGAAUUCGAGUUAAGAAUGUUUAUGAAAAUGUAUCACUAACGUCUAUUAAAGAUUAUUGAAAAAAUAAAUAAAUAACUGAAAUCUGAGUUAAGGAAAAUUAACCAAUUAGCAAAGUAUAGUUCAAGUUCCCAACUAAGCUGUUAUGACCUGGAACUUGGCACAUCAGUUGUCAAUCGUUGAAAGUUUAGUGAGUAAAUGCCGAAGCGUUUUUUUUUUUUUAAAGGGAGUUAGGGGGGCUCUCUGUGGUUUUGAGCGCAGCCAUUGGGUUAUACAGACUGUUUUAGAAUUAGACAGGCUAGGUUCUAGCAUUCUAAAAAAUCAAUCUGGAAUAUCAGGGGUUACAUUUAGGGAAGCAUUCAUUCAUCUCCUUUCCGGAGUUUUUUUUUUUUUUUUAAAGUCAGCCUGCAGUUGCUAAAUAUUGACAUACAUGAUCUCAGCUGGCACGAGCUCUUUACAGAAAGAAAACAAACAAAAUAGAACAGGUGCCCCAGUAGUAUUUCGGAAGUCUACGGUGUUCAAACUGGCUCUCGUUUAAUCAGGACAUGUGAGUCAUGUGUUUGCAGGAAGAUCAGAGAUCCUCUUGUCAUUAAGUGGAAGGUUUGCCUACCUAUUCCAUACCCUUGGCACAGACACAGAGCAUCCCUUGGCAGGGUUACUGCCAUUACAUCUCGGAUUAUCCUGCCCCAUAUGCCAAACGCUUCCUUCUCUGUCCAGUGCCCCAGACUAACAUUCACCAGAUGUGUCCAUGCUUAAGAAAUUUUUAUGACGUAAUAAUUUUCAAAUAAGUCAGUCGCUUCUUGGUAAUGAACAGGGAAAUGUCACUACUUAACCCUUCAAGGGUUUUGCACAACCCUGCUCCCCAUCUGAACCAGUUGUCCUGGCUUUAUGGAUGCAUUCUGUAAUACAAAAUAAAGCUGUUUGUACAAUCACAGGCGCCAAAGAGGAACUAAACUGAGCAAAACAUCUUGCUGUGAUACAAAGUACUAAAGUCAAUUACAAACCUGCUCUUCCUAUGAAAUUGUGCUAAUUCACGUAUAAGACUCAUACUGUUAAGGGGUUUAAGUACUGUAUGCUGUUAUUAGUGUUAGCAGACUCAUAGAUCAGUCAUUUACCUAAAGCUCAAUCCUUAAUUACUUCAAGUUGUUUGUGAUUUUAUGAAUCUGCUCCAAUUGGUAAGGUUAGACACUAGUAUGGCGUUUAUGCUUGUACUCUAUGCCGUCGUAAGUGUAGGUGUCCCUUUAAUAAAAUAUUAUUCCCAUCACUGUGUCCAGAAUUCUAAAAUGAUGGAACGUACCUGCUUUUCCAUCAGAUGUCAGAAGUAGGCUUUAUGGUGCUGAGAAUGAUAAACAAAUGCAAAGACCAAGAGUCCAGCUUAGGCAGAGUCUCCAAAUUCAUUAUUUUAUCUUCAGGUACAACUUGAUACAAAUUGAACUCAUGUUCAAUACGGUGAACUAAAGCCUACAGAAGACACAAACAAAGUUAUUUACCAAAGUUUGAAUUGCCACAAAUAGGAAACUGUCUUCAAGUCAAUUCCGCUUUCAAUAGGACUGUUUUAGCUUUACAUUCACAUUGAAUUCCCACCAAUUCUUAAUUUAGUGACCAACUCUGAAAGGACUGUCACAUUAUCAGCUUGUGUUGUAUACAAUUACAAAGCAAGUAAUUGGUCUGUAUUGGCUCGUAGACAAUCCAUAUGUCCAGUGAACAUCAGAAAUUCAGGGUUAGAGAGUGAAUUUGUCUGGAUUUUCAUGCCAAACUGGCAAUCACGAUAUGUGAUAAAAGCCCUUCCCUCGUUAGUGCCAGCACCGAAAGAACCAGUCUAGCUAAAUUACAAUAUAGAUACAUUAAUUGUAAGACAGCUACGGAGAUUAAAUAACUCAUCCCUCGCUUAUCGUCCUGUACAGACAGCCACAUGUGUAGAUGUUAUAAAAUGUUUUACAAGCUUACAUUAAACAAAUUAUACAUGCUAAUUUUCAAUCUCAGGGGAAGCUAUUUGUUGGUACGCUGUGACCAGGAUAGAACAUCUAUCACGAGGUGUUUCUACAACCGCCUAAAGACUGUACCAUUAGGAAUACAGAUUAUGUAUUCAUAACGUUAGUGUCCCUUUAAAUAGGCAAAUCUUGUAUGAGAAGUGGCGUAUGCUCCCCUCCUGUGUCUUCUGUCUGCUUUGUUCUCAUCAGAGUAUGGACUGUUGUGUACCAUUACUCUUAAUUUAUACCAUAACAACUGUCUGGGAAUAAAUCAUAGCUUCAAGAGACUAUAAAAUCCAGAUGAUACAGAAAAAACACUCAUUGUGUUAAACUUAUUAAAAUUAAACCACAAAACAAGGGGGUUCUGUGCAAAAUUCUAAAAGUGGAGCAAUCAACAGGAACAUUCGAUCGGUUUCCAUGGUUAUUUUUUUCGCUUAACAUCCACAUAAAACCCAUUGGUUAUUUAACUUAGUUCCUCCCUCCCUAUGCACUAUACGAUGAGACCAACUUAUUUCUACUCUUUGAGUUGUUCCUCUAAACAUUUCAAUGUAGCCCUCCGUCUGCCUCGAUUUCCUACCUUCAAGACUCCAGAUGUUUUAACUUCUCACAAAGCCAGAGUUGUUUUUUUGAGGUGGGCUGGAUUUAUUAUUUAAUAAUGACAUAAUCGGUGCGGUCUAUUGGUGGCUUAGGGGAUCUUGGGAGCUAGAUUUCAGGUUUACAUCAUUAGAUGUGCACAGUCUGAUUGGUCUCAGAAUGAGCACUUUGACUUGCUACUCUGCUAAAGUGCUCCUUCAAUUGAAUCAAAUUAAACUAAAGUAUUUUUUGGUAUAGAUUUUCAAACUCCUGAGGCAAAAUAUGUACCUGCUACAAUCUGGCAAAAAUGACGUAGUCUUCUAAUCAGUUUUAGCUGUCAGUGAGGACCUGUGUAAGCUGUUUGUCAGGGCUAGAGGAUGCCAUGAUUGGUAGAGUCCAAAUAUAUCGCCAGCACACGAGCAUUAUAAAUGUUUUAAAUCAAUGGGUACGAUUCGUAGAGGGAAUGGUUUAGCCUUAGUCCUACCUUGGAUAUUUGAUCACAUAUUAAAAUUGUGAAGUCCAUCUGACACUCUGGGUGUGGACACGUAAGAUGCCGAAAAUCCAGGAGCAUAAUACGAAACAUCAGGAUUUCACAUCUUAUAAUGUAUGCAGAAUAUUGCCAUCAUUAACUGAACUAAUCAACAAACACUGCUUUAAACCCAGGCUCUAACCUCUCAUAUGAUCUAAUAAAAGUGAUGCAAAUGUUGCUUAGAAGCAUCAAACUAAAAUAUAAAAUGUCUAUAUCGGAGCCCAGUGGGGUGGGGAUGGGAUGGGAGAGAGAGAAUAACAUUCGCUGAUUUUUUUUUCUCCAAUACUAAUAUAUUGUGUUUAUUAUAUAUGAAUAUAUUUAAUGACACGUUGAAAAAGGUGUGGAUUUUUUUUGUCUUAUUCUGUAGGUGGCAAUUUUGUAACAGAAACACCCAUUUUGUUAGACUAAAUCAGCAA